AUGCCAGGCAGCUCAGAUCUUGCCCCUGCCCUGUCCAGCUGUUCCUCCGGGGCCUCCUCGGUGUCAGUGCAGCGGAGGCCUCCGGGCUCAGCGAGGAGAAAGCGAGACCGCCGGCAGAGGAGGAAGCGGAGGGUGCGGGAGCAGGGCCCCUAUGUGUCCGCCCCAGGAGUGCUAGGCCUCGGUGCAGCGGCCGUGGAGGGAGCGCAGAGUGCAGCCCGGGGUAUGAAGCGAUACCGGGAGCGGCGCGACAGGAAAAAGCGGCGCAGGGACCGGGGCAAGAGGCACCUGCUGAACCAAGAUGGGGCCCUGGCCGCCGCCGCCGCCUCGGUGGAGUAUGACGACGUUAGCUCCCUGUCCGAAGGGGCUCUCUCCGCCAGCGAGCCAGGCCGCGCCGCCAUCCCGCCCGCUCUGGGACUAGGCCUCGGAGCAUCCCCGGCCUCUGAUCGGUGCCCCUCCCCGGCCAUGUUCCCUCCUCAGCCGCUGGCCCUGCUACGCCAGCCCGGGGAUCCCGAGCGCAGCGCCAGGAGGAAGCGCGGCUCCCGCAGGCCGGAGUCCGGGCACCGCAGGAGGGAGGAAGGCCGAGGCGGAAACAGCCGGGCGGAGGAGCGGCGCAGGCCCCUGCCUAUAAAUGAACUGGUUAUUCCCACACCGCUCCUGCUGGCGACGCCCUGGAGGCCCCCGGCAGACGUGGGGAAGAGAGCAGAACUCCGGCCCGCGGCCUCCUACAGGCCCAAGCGGGAGGAGGCCGCGGCCUACAGCAAACAGGCGCCCAAAGCCUACCGAGAGGACAAGGCCUACCGGGCCUCCAUCCAGGGCAACCACCGCAAGACAUCCGCCAGCCCGGCCCGCUCCCCCAGCCCCGGGUACAGCGGACACCGCCAGGCACGCCGCUCCCCCAGCUUCGGCUCCUACGAGAGGACGGAGACCGCCUCCCCCCCGAGCCGCCGGAGAUCCCGGAGCCCAUACAGUCCUGCUGGCAGGUGAGACCCAACAUGGCUGCUGUCAUUCUCUGUAUUAAUGUCAAUUAAUGUCAUUUUACUCCACAGAGCACGUCCUGUGACCGUGUGUAAUAACAUUACUGUAAUAAUCACAAUAACACUAAUAAUAAUAAUAAUGGCUCUUCACCCCGGGGUCAUUGGGGUCUCAUGUCAUGUCUUCAGCUCUCUAUUAGUAGGAACAUUUUUUUAAAAUUAUUAUUAUUACCAUUUAUAUAGCGCCAACAGAUUCUGUAGCGCUUUACAAUAUUAUUAGAGGGGGGAUUUAACUAUAACUUGGACAAUUACAAGAAAACUUACAGGAAUGAUAGGUUGGAGAGGACCCUGCUCAAACAAGCUUACAGUUUAUAGGAUGUCUUAUUGUUAUUGGUAUUUAUAUAGCGGCGGCCUAUUUUACAGCGCUUUACAAUAUUUUGAAUUUAACAAUAAAUGAGACCAUUACAAAUUGUUACAGGAACAAUACGUUAUUCAGGACCCUGCUUGAAAGAGCUUCUGAUCUAAAGGCAGUGGGGGUAUUAAAACAAUAAUAUUCACCUGGCCCCUGUCAACUGCUCUUAACAAGUGAUUUACUGUAGGACCACUGCUUUCCUCAGUACAUUGGAAACCCCCUUAAGGAACAAGUCUUCUUCUAUGAGAUGCGACACAAUUCACUUUUGCCGUGCAUUUGUUUUGCCACAAUUUCCCCAUUUCAUGCAUUUGAUUUUAUAUACCACUUUUUUUUUAUUUUUUUUUCAUUUUUUAUUAUUCUUUAUUUUUGAUGUGCAGUUUCACAAGUAUAAAUUGCAGUACACAUGAAGAAAUAUCAGAGAUGCGUAAACAACAACACUGUUCGCCUGAUAUUGUAAAUGAAAUAAGAAAAUGGUGCGUUCCCACAUUAGUAAGAGAUACAGCAGGAGAAGUAGGUUCAGGCACACUGCACAUUGUUAGUAAGUAGUUUUAUGAGCAGAAAAACUGCAAUUUUUGUUUUUACCACUUGCUUUUAAAGGAGAAAUAGGGCUUUCUUUAGAUAACCUACAUGUAUAUGUAACACAAUACUAAAUAGAAUAAAAUAUAAAAAAAUGGGGACGCAGAAAACAAAUUUCUUUCAGUUUUACUUUUUUAAUAGUUUUUACACACUAAGCGCAACUAAAAAAAGCUAACUUUUAAUUAGUCUUGAUUGUUAAAAUGCGAAAAUAUGACUAGAAUUAAAAGAAUUACCACAAGGAGUGAAUUACAGUUGAAUUACAGUUCUAAAGCUAAAACUGUUGAGAUUACAACUUUUAUAGCAGUCACAGAAUCCACAACCAUUACACAAAAGUGUGUGUAUAUAAUAUUUUUUAUAUAUAUAUAUAUAUAUAUAUAUAUAUAUAUAUAUAUAUAUAUAUUUAUAUAUAUAUAUAUAUAUAUUAUAUACACAUUAUAUACACACACUUGUUACACACACGUUUUAUUUUGUGGAAAUUCAUGAAAUACACAUGUUCUACUACUGCAAACACUCCAUAUUUGUAUUCUGCUACUUAGCUUAAAGGACCACUAUAGUGCCCUGAGGAUGCCCCCACCCUCAGGGACCCCCUCCCGCCCGGCUCUGGGGAGAGGAAAGGGGUUAAAACUUACCUUUCUCCAGCGCUGGGCAGGGAGCUCUCCGCCUCCUAUCCUCCUCCGUUCCUCCCAUUCGGCUGAAUGCGCUCGCGCGGCAAGAGCUGUGCGCGCAUUCAGCCGGUAUCAUAGGAAAGCAUUCUCAAUGCUUUCCUAUAGACGCUUGCGUGUUCUCACUGAUUUUCACAGUGAGAAUCACGCAAACGCCUCUAGCGGCUGUCAAUGAGACAGCCACUAGAGGAAUUGGAGGAAGGAUUAACCCAUUGAUAAACAUAGCAGUUUCUCUGAAACUGCUAUGUUUAUAAAAAAAAAAAUGGGUUAACCCUAGCUGGACCUGGCACCCAGACCACUUCAUUAAGCUGAAGUGGUCUGGGUGCCUAGAGUGGUCCUUUAAGUGCAUUAAUACCCAUAUAUAUCUUCCCCUAAUCUCAUACUCUAUUCCCACCUCUGAGUGAUUCCAUAUGCUGAUGUCCAUACUGACAGCAGAGGGAUUUUCUAGUCCAAACAGUACAGAGGGCUCUAUGAGAUUGCAGCAUGAGAGGAAGAUCUCCAUAUUAUGCUGUUCCAGCCACUGAGAAUGGUGCUGGGCAGCUGGCAAAGGCUGCGCCAAGCUGGGGGGACCCUAAAUGUAUUUGGCCACAUUUUAAAUUACUGCAACUGAGUGCAAUCGUACUCUGUCAUGGUAUUUAAAUCCAUUCAGCGAGAUAUGUGCCACUCUCACUUUGAGCUGCACAUUGCUCUUUUGUCAGUCUGGCGCCAAUAAUUGUGUCCUCGAGUGACUGUGUGCAGUACUCGCUGUGAGUGCUGCACACCAUUAAUCUGUCAGUCUGGUGAUUUAAACCCUGCUGGUACCUUUAAAGCAUUGACCAUCUGUGGCGUCACUAGUCGUUUAGGCCAUCGUGCAGUGCAGGGCUUCCACAGUUAAAUGGUUAAUGUCAUUCUAUUCCAAUGUUGAAACUCUGAUGUUUCACUGCUCAAUUCACUGCCAUUAAAGGACCACUAUCGGCACCCAGACCACUUUAACUCAAUGAAGUGGUCUGGGUGUCAGGUCCAUCUUUCGGAGAAACUCAUUGACACACUCAGUCUCAUUGACAGCCGCUAGAGGUGCUUCCGCGCUUCUCACUGUGGUUUUCACAGUGAGAAGAUGCCAGCCAGCGUCCAUAGGAAAGCAUUGAGAAUGCUUUCCUAUGGACUGGCUGAAUACGCGUGCGGCUCUUGCCGCUCAUGCGCAGUCAGCCGAUUACAUCAGAAGAGGGAGGAGAGUACCCAGCGCUGAGGGAGCCCGGCGCUGGAGAAAGGUAAAUGAUUAAUACCCUUUCUCCCCCUUCAGCCUUGCGGGAGUGGGACCCUGAGGGUGGGGGCACCAUCAGGGCACUAUAGUGGUCCUUUAAGUAGUUAAUUCACUUUUGUUUCUGUCUAUGCAGCCCUAGCCACACCUCCCCUGGUUGUGACUGACACAGCUUGCAUGAAAACAAGAUGGUUUCAUUUUCAAUCAGAUGAGCUUACUUUAAAGGUUUUUAUCUCCUGCUCUGUAAAUUGAACGUUAAUUACAUACAGGAGGCUCCUGCAGGGUCUAGCAAGUUAUUAGAGAGCAGGAGAUAAGAAAUUUAAAAAUAAUUUGAACUAAAGGAAGUGUAAACAUUUAGAUGACUUUUUAUAGGAAGUGCUUAGUCACAUGCAGGGAGUGAUUUAACUCCUAAAUAGCAGAGAAUUGAGCAGUGACCCUGUGGGGAGGUGAUUUAUACACCAAAACGGAUUGAUUAAGCUAAAGUUGUUUAGUUGACUAAAGUGUCCUUUAACGACCAUAUAUGAAAAACAGGAGCCAUUUUUUUUUUUUUUGAAAGUCUUGGUGUGGAAUUUGGCUGUUGGCUGUCAUUGAUAACAGAAAUGUUGGCUGUUUUGUCUGGAGGUUUUAAAAGCUUUUUUUUUUUUUUUCUUCAUACGUGUAUGAUUACAUACCUGCUAGACAGCAUGAAAAAACAUUGCUGAAUGAGCUGGUAACUGAAACUUUUGAUUUUGGACUUACAUUAAAAAAACAAAAAAGGAAGCACCUGUAAAAUGAACACACAAGUGCCCUGAGUUUAGUAGAACAUAAUAAUGGAAAUGUUUUCUGACAUUCUGACAACUGUUGUGUUGUUUUUUUGUUUUUUUUUGUGUGUGUGUGUGUGUCUGUUUAGAUACCUGCUGGGUGCUUACCAAUAUUUCCCACUCCCGUUUUUAACAAGUGUUGCUUUUGCUUUUAGCACUGCCCUUGCUGUUAAAAGACCACUGUAGUGCCAGGAAAACAAACUCUUUUUCCUGGCACUAUAGUGUUAAUAGGUCCCCCUCCCGCCGAGCUGAAUGGGGAGGGAGGGGUUAAAUCUCUUGCCUUUCUACAGCGCCGGGCUCCCUAGCUGCUGGGGACUCUCCUCCGCCUUCGGACGCCAUCGGAUGAAUGUACAUGCGCGCGUGCAUUGUCAGUCCAUAGGAAAGCAUUCUCCAUGCUUUCCUAUGGACGCUGGCGUCUUCUCACUGUGAAAAUCACAGUGAGAAGCGCGUAAGCGCCUCUAGCGGCUGUCAAUGAGACAGCCACUAGAGGCUGGAUUAACCCAUAUGUAAACAUGUUUACAGCAGGCAGGGUUAACCCUAGAUGGAUCUGGCACCUAGACCACUUCAUUAAGCUGAAGUGGUCUUGGUGCCUAUAGUGGUCCUUUAAGUGUUACAUGUAGUUACAUUGAUCUAGGAUGAAAAAGGAUGCAGCCUUUAAAAAUCAGGUUAACAGGACUGUUUACUCUUUCACACUUUAUAAUAUGUUGAUUUCUCUUGAAAUUAGUGCUUUUAUAAAGGUGCUAAUUUGCCGUAGCACAAAAAGAAAAACCAUGCAUUUUCAAUUUUCAGCUCACUGUCUGAAUUAAGCUUCGCACUGCUUGUCUUAGUCCACACUGAGAGGUUCCAGCUCUUUGUCUGAAGUUGUGGUGUGUGUGUGUGUUUUUUGUUUUUUUGUUUUUAAAUUUAUGGACAACAUUUGGCAAAAAAUGACUACACGAUCAAGCUAUUAAAAAUAAGAUAUUACCUGGUAAUAUUUACAGCUGCUAUCUACUAACCUCUCUUUAUAUAUCUAUAUAUAUAUAUAUAUAUAUAUAUCUAUCUAUCUCUAUCUAAUAUAUAGAUAUCUAUAUAUAUAUAUAAUCUCUAUAUCUAUCUAUCUCUCUCAGUUUCAGAGAAACUGCUAUGUUUAUAAUAGGGUUAAUCCAGCCUCUAAAGCCUCUAGUGGCUGUCUCAUUGACAGCCGCUAGAGGCGUUUGCGUGCUUCUCACUGUGAAAAUCACAGUGAGAAGACGCAAGCGUCCAUAGGAAAGCAUUAUGAAUGCUUUCCUAUGAGACAGGCUGAAUGCGCGCGCAGCUCCUGCCGCGCAUGCGCAUUCAGCAGAAGAGGAGGAGAGCUCCCCGCCCGGCGCUGGAAAAAAGUUAAAAUUUAAUCCUUUCCUCACCAUCCAGUCCGGCGGGAGAGGGUCCCUGAGGGUGGGGGCACUCUCAGGGCAAUAUAGUGCCAGGAAAAUUAGUAUGUUUUCCUGGCACUAUAGUGGUCCUUUAAACUUAAAAGGUUACACCAAUCCCUUUGUAAAAAUAUAUAUAUUUUUUUCAUUCACCGUGACCUAUGGGGUAUUAUUAAUAGGCCUCACCCACACACUCUUGAAACCUGCUUCUUGAAGAGAAGCUUGUGAUUGGAUGGUUUUGCUGGUUCAGAACGCUUGCGUGCUAGAAGUUAGUGAGGGGAGGGAAAUUUUAAAUAUAAAACUAAACAAAAGUAAUGCUUGCACGGCCUGCAAGGGAGAAGAUUUUUAGGUCUGUUGCCAGAUGUUAAAAAAUGCACUGAACUGACUGACGUCUCGUGAGCAGGUGGUAUAACUAGCCCCUAGCACACAGGUGCCAAUAUCUCUGGAUGUGCAGUGUUUCAAGUAGAGUACAUUCAAAUUACUGAAGUUUGGUCAUGGUGGUUGGAGUAACCCUUUUAAGAAACUGCUUAGAUGAAGCCGCAAUUAAAAAUGCAUGGACCAUGUUAAAUAAACUCCUGAAAGAAAUGUCGGUUAUAUAUAAACAACCAUCUUUGCAACAUGGAACAUCCGCCCUGUGUGUUGUGCAAAGGAAGGCAGGUGCACUCUAGACCAGCGCCUGCUGCUUUCUUUAAAUGGCUCUGUAACCUUCUAGGGUCUUUGCAUAAUUUGCAAAGAUCCCCGAUGAUAACAUAAACACUUGGAGUAUAGUGCCCCAUGGGUCUAGUGAAGGUACCUUUUUGUCAAGUUUUAUCAAGUUCAGGAUGUUGGUGAUUUUAUGAUAUUACGUUUUCUAACAAUCCGAUAUGACAGUAUGAACAAGAUGUUCAGACAGAGUUUAUAUCCCAUUGUACAGUGCUAUAGAAUUUUGCUGGUGUUAAUAAAUGUGAAACUGUGACGCCAACACAACAUGCCGGCGCCAGACAGACAAUGCAUUUAUUUUAUUUUUUUGUUUGGAGUAACCAUAUCAGGAGAUUGUAAUAGUUAAAAGUUUGCUCCAAGCUUCAUGUCGACUUCAGUGUUUUGCAGUGGUCAUGGUACUUGUAUGUUAAGUGUUUCAGUAUGAAGUUCUGCACAUUGCUGCUGGAGGUGUAACAGCCUCUUUAGCAGCCCAAAAUGAACGUUCUGGAAUUGCUGUUAUUCUGUACAUACAAGGCAUCUGUCGUUGGCACACAUCUUGUCAGGAUUAAUUUAUCACACCUGCUGGUCUUGUCAUUGAAUUACAGCUUUGGUACAUUUUGUUUUCACAUUAGUGCAUCACUUCCAAAGUCAAUGGCCCAUAGUAUGUUGUCUAUAUAGUAAAAUCUUGUCCAGUACAUUGUCACUGAUAAGUCUAAUAUGGGUGUACUGCAGAUUUGUUUUACUUUUGAAAAAUGGAUCACUAAUAUUCACAUUUUUAAGAAUGAGUGAAGGAAAAAGGUAAAAAACCAAAACACUACAGUUUUAAAACAUGUCUGAUAAUUAGCUUGCACACUGGUAGUAAACCAGUGGCUUUAAGUGAUGUUAUAAUGUUAAAUUGAUAACAAAUUAUUACAGCAAUCAAAAUGUUCUUUAAAAAUAAAGCGUGUUCAUGAAAUGGAUACUUCUGCACAAGGCUAUUUUAAGAUUUAUUGGGUAAUUUAUCCUUCAUGAUCAUUGUUACUAAUUUCUUUCAAGAAAGAAAUUCCUUUAGAAAAUGUUGCUUUGCAGAGCACAUUUGUAGUUGUAACUUUAAUUAAAAAGACAGAAUUGACACCAUAAAUGUGCCAUUGCAUGUACAGAAAAUGCUUUGAAGUUGUCUGUAAUGGCAUGAGGUGCCCUGCUUUAACCUAUUAAGCCAAAAGGAUGUCCUGGGUUGUGAUUAAUGACUGUUGUCAAAUUGCCAGUAAGUCAUGUUUUUAACAGCAUUGGCAAUCCAGAUAUCUGUCAAAUUUUGUGUCUUUCCUCACCUGGGGGUUCACUGCUCAAGCUAAUGCAGCAGCAUUAUUUUGAGCAAAAGAGGAACAGAAGAUUACAUGUAUAUUUUUUUUGUACCAAUCAGCAUCUACUCAAGGAGAUGCACUGUGGGGUAUACAGGAGGGGAGGACCUAUAUUAAGUGUUGUAGCGGAGUAGCAGGGGUUAAUCCAAGAGUUCUCCGCUGGAAACAAAGCUUCAGCAUACAAGAAUAUAAAAAUACAGCAUAAUCCCCCUCCCCAAGGACUAGACGACACAUAGUCUGGGAGUCAACUCGCUUUUAUUGCACAAACUCUGCUUUUAUGCAUUUGUCCCAUGCAAGGGAGGUAACUUCCAUAAUUAUUACAGUAUCCAAUCACAUAGUUGAUACCUCCCCCACAUCUCCUCCCCUUAGAUUAACAGUUAAGCUUUUUAACAAGUACACACUUUUCCCCAAUUCGUGGAUGUACCCCAAAUACAGGGGGUACACCUUUAAAUGAGGGGUCCCCUGGUAGCCCUGAUCUGGGUGAGCAACAUACUCAAAAAUCACCCAGAUCGGACCAGGGGUUCAAGAGUUAUGGCAAGGAAAAGAUUUAACCGACCGCACGGGCACAGUAGCCGAAAAUAGUUCCAUGAAUUCUGGCCCUGCGGUCGGUCUCUGUUCGUGUAUAAAAAGUCCCGAAAGUCCUUGGCAUCCAGGCUUGACUUGGCAUUCGUAUGAAUCCCCUAGUUCACGGGAUUCAACAUACCGAAUGCUGGGUGGUUCGGGGAGUUUAUUCGUCACUUUCUGGCGUGCUGGAGGUCUUAGCGGUACUUGGUUAGUCGAAUGCCCGAUUUGGGUUCCAGGCAUUCGACGACCAAGUACCGCUGUUCGUGCGUAAGAUGGCCGCCGCCGCGUGUUGGGUAGGCGAAUGGCGGCCGCACACGAACCUUCAAUUAGCACUCUUUGCAACAUUGUUGCCUUCGGUAAUGAGGGACACACGACCACACCGGGGUGGUCCCUCACUCGGUAUUUUACAGGUUUUCGUGUAAACCACAGUACAGGUAGUUCGUGAACCGAUUUACUGGUGAUUACUGCCUUAAUAGUCAUACGGCCAAUUGAAAUAUUGAGACCAAUUAAAUACUUGAAUUAUUGAACUUUUCUUAAGAAAAGAAAAGACCAAAAAACACUUAUUUACAAUGUGAGCAGGAUACUACUUUGCUGCAGAAGGAUUUAGAUAGAUUUGGGGACUGGGUACUAAAAUGGCAGAUGAAUGUAAUGUAGAUAAAUGCAAAGUUAUGUACUUUGUGGUAAAGCAGGGCUUGCCAAAUUCCAGGUCGCCAUGGCGACCAGGAAAUUUGUCCUGGCACCUGGGAUUUGUGAGCCUGUCUCCUGAGGUGACUGGCUGCCUGAAAGCAGAGGCAGGCAGUUGGAUCACAGGGGGGCUGAGGCAGGCUGCUGACUGAGUGAGGCGGCCGGCUAAUUGAGACGUGAGGGAGGGAGACCGGCUCAUGGAGAGCUGUGAGAGGCGGGCGGCUGACAGAGGGAUUGGGGCGGCUGGCUCAUUUAUUGCUGAGGGAGGAAGAUGGCUGACGGAGGGGGCAGCCGGGUAUCGGAAAGCAGAAGGAGGCGGGCGGACGGAUGACUCAAUGCCGCGGCGAGGGAGCUGUAAUCUCCCUGCUCUGCUCCCUCGCGCGGCUUGUAGUGAUGCCGGGUUAUGAUGUCAAUCUGGACCCCGGCUCACUAAACAGUGCGCGAGAGGGAGCAGAGUAGGGAGAUGAGAGCAGCCCCACUGGACCCCAGGGAAAGCCUAUCCACUCCAGCUCUCCAGAAGUAAGGAGCCUGGGUGGUUUUAGAUAAGUAAUUACUUGUGAGUAAGUGUGUGUGAGGAAAUCAAGAAAAAAUAAAAACAAUCCCAGAUCAGGAUGCGUGUGUAUAAUUUCUGUUUUCAACAUUUUGAAUCCUCCAUAUAUGUCUGUGAGAUAAAGGCUUCUUUGAAAGUGGAGAAGUCCCUGAGGGACGACGGAGCAGAGUCAGACCUAUGCACCUGAUGUUUUUGGUGUGUGUGUGUGUGUGUGCGUGGGUUUUUGUUUUUUUUUGGGGGGGGGGUGGGGGGUUUCCUGAAGAAAUACCACUUGUGGGUUGUGUUUAUGGAGAUGGGAUACUAUAAGCUUACAUUUGAUUGGGGUGUUAAGGCCAGGUUAGCAAUGUAAGCCCUUGGUAGUGAAACCUCAACCUGGGUCAAUAGAGUAAAUUAUAGGGUACUGGUUUGCUUACUACCCAUAUCUCAGCCAAUAGGGAGAGGAAGGUGAUGGUCCCUUGUGCCUAGCAAAAGUGGGAGUACUAAUAGAGAGCAUAAGAACAAAUAACAUUAAUGAGAAAACUUUAAACAUAUUUAAACUUUCAAUCGGUUGAAACGGUCUCAGAACCAUCAGUCUCUAAUGAACUUUAGAAUCCAUAUGUUGGAUAACUCUCUGGUUAUGUCAAGAGAUUUGAUCGGUUCCUACACAGUAACAGGAUAGGAUUCGUUGUCAUGGGUGUAAUUAAAUUUUGCUUGAAAUUGGAGUUGAAAUGUAUCCUCUCAGCCAGGGGUUUGCACAAAAAAAAUUGGCGUCUUUUAGCUGCGAUUUCUGGUGAAUAUUCUUGAAAGAUGAAAAUUCUGUGUUAUUGGUAAGUUAUUUCAUUUGCGCUUCAGUAUGCUUGGAGUAUGGAUUCCUUGUGGCUGCAUGAGUCAAGGUUUUAAAGGCGGUGUGCUCAUUCUAUUAGGAGUGGUUUGUCAGAACUGUAGUUGAGAUGCAGGACCUCCGGUAUCUAAUUUUGGAGAAAUGGGAGCGUUUCUUCUGCUCCUAAUUUCAAGAGCCUCAACCUUCAUUUCUAGUUGUCUGAUAAGAUCAGAUUGUUGUUGAGCUUCCAGUUUAGAGUCCGUUUGAUAGCCUUGAAUAAAGGCAUAGUGACUGGAAGUCACUUUAUCAACCAUAUUGCCAAUAGUGUGGUGUAUUGUGUAGAAUUUUGCUUCCAGUUUAGGACAGUGAGGCAGUAAUAGCAUCUGUUUAGUGAAGUGGCGUUGGUAUUCGGUACAUCUAGACUAACUAAAGCGUCCGUUGUGGCUGGGCUUGAUGGUGUGGAAGAUGGUGUGGAAGAUGGUGUGGUUUUUUUUUUUUUUCUGAGCCUAUGUGUUAACGAAAGGGAUUUGAAAUGUUUUGGCUGUGUUUUAGUUUUUUCUGGAUUGUACAAAUUUCACCAAUAUUGUUGGUGUAGCAAAGUCUAGAGGAAAAAAAAAAAUCCUUAUUGACCCCAGAAAGGCAGUCUGAUGUCUUCUUUCUUAAAAAGCUAUUACCCCACAAAUUAAAAAUUUACAUCCCUGAUUAUUUUUAUUUUUUAUUUUUUUUCGGGUAUUCAUCCAGUUGCUGUUUAAACAUACUCUGAUAAAACCACCUCUUCAGGCAGAUAAUUUCACAUUCUUAUCUGUUCUUACUGUGAAAACCCUUGCCUUUUCCUUAAAGGAUCACUAUAGUGUCAGGAAAACAAAGCGGUUUUCCUGACACUAUAGUGCCCUGAGGGUGCCCCCACCCUCAGGCUCCCCUCCCGUGGCGCUGAAGAGGUUAAAACCCCCUCACCAGCUUACCUUAUUCCAGUGCCGGGCUCCCUCAGUGCUGGUGACCUCUCCUCCCCGUCCGACGUCAGCUCCCUAGUGGACACUCCUAUGGACACUCUGCGCGAUGGAUGCGAAAUUCGCAUCCUGCGUUGCAGAUGCGCCUCUAGUGGCUGUCCGGAAGAAAGCCACUAGAGGCUGGAUUAACCCCAAAUGUAAACAUAGCAGUUUCUCCGAAACUGCUAUGUUUGCAUCUGAAGGGUUAAAACCUGAGGGACCUGCCACUCAGACCACUUCUUUGAGCUGAAGUGGUCUGUGUGACUAUAGUGUCCCUUUAAACUAAAUCUCUUUUUCUUCCUGUCUAAAUGUGUGACCUUGUGAACUAUGUAGAGUCCUGUUUAUGAAAAGAUUUACAGAAAUUGAUUUGUUUAUUAUUGGUCCCGAAUAUAUUUGUACAGUGCUAUCAUAUCCCCUCUGAGGUGCAGUUUUUCUAAACUAAACUGACUUAAACUUAUUAACCUUUCUUCAUAACUAAAACGUUCCAUUCAUUUUAUUAAUUUUGUAGGCCUCCUCUGCACUUUUCAUAGUGACAUAUCCUUCUUUAGAGCAGGUGCCCAAAAUUGCACAGCAUAUUCAAGGUCUUACCUUUGAUUCAUAAAAAGGCAACAUUUUAUUUUCCUCCCAAGAAUUAAUGCCCCUUUUUACAUAUGAUGGUACCUUACUGGCCUUAGCAACUGCUGGUGGACAUUUCACAUUGUUGCAUAGUUUGUCUAUAAAAAUUUAAAAAUCCUUCUCGUGUGUGGUUAUCCCAAUUUAACUACCGUUUAGGGUUUAAGUUGCUUGUGUAUUCUUUGCCACAGGGCUUGACAAAUUUGUUCGAAAUCUAGGAGCCAGCUAGAAAAAUAAGGAGCCGGAGAAAUUAACGCCAAAAAUACAAUUCUUAAAGAGACACUAUAGUCACUAGAACCACUACAGCUUAAUGCAGUUGUUCUUUAGUCUAUAUCCUGUCCCUGAGCGCUUUUCAAUGUAAACAUUGACUUUUCAGACAAAAGGCUGUGUUUACAUUGCUGCCUGGUAACAUCUCUAGCGACAGUCACUCAAAUGGCCUCUAGAGGUGCUUCCUGGGUCAGUGCUUCACAGUGUGCAGCACAUACGUUAAUGUUCCCUAUAGAGAUGCAUUGAUUCAGUGCACCUCUAUGAGAAUUUAAAUUGGCGCUGUGGCAUUUUCCUUGUGCAUGCGCAUAGUCUUCCAAUGCUAUCCUAUGGGGAAGCAUUGGAUUGGCAGAGAUCGUCAAGAUUGAUAAUCUCAGCCAUGGAGGUGGGGACAGCCACAGCAUCAUCAGCACGGUGUGGGGAAUAAAAGGUGAGUAAAAACACUCACAGGCAUACAGACACGCACACUUACUCACAAGUAAUUACUUAUCUAAAACCACCCAGGCUCCUUACUGGAGAGCUGGAGUGGAUAGGCUUUCCCUGGGGUCCAGUGGGGCUACUCUCAUCUCCCUACUCUGCUCCCUCUCGCGCACCGUUUAGUGAGCCGGGGUCCAGAUUGACGUCAUAACCCGGCAUCACUACAAGCCGCGCGAGGGAGCAGAGCAGGGAGAUUACAGCUCCCUCGCCGCGGCAUUGAGUCAUCCGUCCGCCCGCCUCCUUCUGCUUUCCGAUACCCGGCUGCCCCCUCCGUCAGCCAUCUUCCUCCCUCAGCAAUAAAUGAGCCAGCCGCCCGCCUCCCUCUCAGUUUUCCAUGAGCCGGUCUCCCUCCCUCACGUCUCAAUUAGCCGGCCGCCUCACUCAGUCCUCUGUGAUCCGACUGCCUGCCUCUGCUUUCAAACAGCCGGUCACCUCAGGAGACAGGCUCACAAAUCCCAGGUGCCAGGACAAAUUUCCUGGUCGCCAUGGCGACCUGGGAUUUGGCGAGCCCUGCUUUACCACAAAGUACAUAACUUUGCAUUUAUCUACAUUACAUUCAUCUGCCAUUUUAGUACCCAGUCCCCAAAUCUAUCUAAAUCCUUCUGCAGCAAAGUAGUAUCCUGUUUACAUUGUAAAUAAGAGUAUUUAUUUAUUUUUUUUCUUAAGAAAAGUUCAAUAAUUCAAGUAUUUAUUUGGUCUCAAUAUUUCAAUUGGGGAUCUGAUGUGCAUGCGUGGGAGCGGAAGUGCCUCUAAAUGUGUGCUUAACCCUUUAAUGUAAACAUUAGUUUCUACAAAACUGCAGUGUUUUGGACCGCUGCACUCUGAACACAUUUGCGAUAAAGUGGUCUGGGUUACUUUAGUGGGCCUUUUAAAACCAUUGGAUGCAGCCCACCCCGCUCUAAAACAAAAAAAUCUGCUAAAUUUAUCCUGUAAUGUAGCAUGGCAGUCUGUUGAAUGACUGUUGCUCCUCUUUUUAUGAGAGCAUGAUGAUUUGUGGUAUAAUCCAUUGUUUCUCAUAGAGGAGCUUUAGGGACAUAUGGCACAUAUGCAGCAUUCAUCAUUUCUUACAAUCUGACGCUUCCCGUGGAGAAGCACUGAACCCAGUUCUUAUCUGUGGAAGCAUUCCCAUUGUUUUUUAGAGACGCCAAACAUAAAGACUUUCAAUAAUUGAUAGUCUUCAAUGAGGAAUUGCAUUUAGUGUCUAUCUGUUUGACAAAAUAAGUUUGCUCAGCAUAAAUUAUUUUCAAGGAAUGCAGAAAAAAAUAUUUGUUUACAGUUUUUUGAUAAACGUUGUCGACAUUCAAAAAAGCAAAUAACUGUUUGUCUUUUUGCUUGGUUGUUUCAUAUAGGCGUACAGCGAGGUCACGGAGCAGAAGCCCUUAUAAAUCACGCCGUUCUCGGUCACGGAGCAGACAUAAAGUUUCCAAGUCCAGAAGCAGACAGUCUAGCAUCUCUCCAGGCACCUUGACAUUAAAGAGCAGCUUAGCAUCAGAGCUGAGCAAGAACAAGAAAGCCAGGGAAGCCGAAGCGGCCAGAGUCUUAGCCAAAGCUUCCACCACCUCCACCCCGACUAAAACCCACCCAGAGGUUGGCAGCAGUGUACCACAAGCAAACCACACCAAGGAGCAAACAAAGACAAAAAUGGAGAUUACUCCAUCUCCCUCUGUGAAGACCGAGAAACCCAAGGUUAAGGCACCUACACAAGAAUUAAAAGUGGAGAACAACCAUCCCGUAGAUAAAACUUCCAAGCCACCUGUGAAAGUAACUAAGGUUGAUACAGUUGGAGAUGGAAAAUCUACACAGAAAGAAAAGAACAAAGUGCAUAAAAAAAGUGUGACUACUAGUGAAAAGGUUAAAAUUCCAUCCUCUACUUUGUCAUCGUUACCCUUUCCUCCAAUGCUCUCCAGUGAUGCAGAAAGGUAUUUUUAUAUAUUUAUUUUUGUACAAUAUUACGUUUUAAUGACCGCAACACAUCAAAGAAACUUUUCUUUAUAUGUGUAGUUCAAAUUAUUGAUUGUUCUCCUGUCACCUGUAUAUCUACCUCCGGUGUGUCUAUCUCAAGGCAUUGGCAGAGUUUUGUUUUUUAAUUUGAAAAUGAGAAACUAGUGAGAGAAUGGUAAGGAAAACUAAUAUAUAUAUAUAUAUAUAUCUCUAUCUCUCAGUAAAUACACAUGAGUGCAUGGCUGCUCAUCCUUUCCCAUAAUCACUUCAGUGUUCUGGAAUUUCACCUAUUCACUAUACAACGAAUUGACAAGGGAAUUGCCAAUGUUAGGCCAAUAUAAUGGAAUCUGGAAAAUGGCUGAAUUGAACAAUUCUUGUAGCUUGUUGAUUUUGGUUUAAUAGGGUAUUCUAAAAACCAGUAACACUACAGCCCAUGGUAUUAUGGUUCCAGCAUACCCUAGGCUCAAUUACUUUUUCUGUGUCAAACUUUUUUUGAGUGGCUUCAACUCAAACCAAGGGUCCCUCGUGGAGUCGGAUCCUUAUUUGGCAUUUUUGUAAUGUAAAAGUUCCACUUCUGCAUUAGUGGUGGUUUUCAUUUAAUAUCUCCUUCUAGGAAAUGCUUCUGAUUUUACCUUAUAAAAGUAUAUACUGAUCUAUUGGCUUCUUUAUUCAACAAUGUUAAGAGUGGCCUGGAGUUUCAUUUCCAUUAAUCUCAGUCUGCCAAAGACCUAAACCUCCUGGUGCUAUACUGACACACCCUAUUGUACAACAUGAACUGUAGGAUUGAAAUAAAAAGCCUAUCACUAUACACUUUUUUUUUUUCUCUUUAUUGGAUAAAUGUAUAUUGUCCAAUUGUUUUAGGCAGGUGUUAAAAAAUGCUGCGAAGUCAGAAUAUUUGAUAGUGUUAAUAGUUUAUUUUUAUAAAACAAUUAAAAUUAUUAUAAAAUAAAUGUUAAAUUAGUGAACAGAAGAAAAAUCGAAAUCAGAUUUUUGGAUGACCGCCUUUCAAAACUUCAUCUGUUUUUAUAGGUACACUUGCAGAAAGUCAGGAAUUAUGUAGGCCUCAAAUAAAUUCCAGCCUUCUAGUUUAUCUAUCCAUAUCAGGGCAACUGAAAUUCCGAAAUUUUUAUUGAAAUAAGUGUGGUUGCUCUUUGUUCCUUUUUUGUAAGUGCCACUCUGUCUCUCUAAGUUUUAGAGGCUGCAUCCCAGGACAAUUGGUCAAAAAAGAAAUGGAAAGGAAACUCCGUCACUUGCUGUAUGAUUUGCCUCUACCACCUGUCCAUACUGGAUCUGGGGACUUGACUCAUAGUCCAGAAGGGAAGAAAGCACAGUCAAAGAGCAAAAGGAGACCUAAGUAAGUUAAAAUCGUUUAAUGUUCUAGAAGUAUUUUCUGUCAAUUACUGUAUAAUUUAUGAGGACUGAUGUUAUUGUAAUGCACUGUUUUACAAUGUGAUUAAUGUUAAGCAAGCAGCUUUUUUGGUGUAGGAUUAAAAAUGCUCAGUUGUAUGAAACCAAUUGCAGAUAGUGUUCUUUCCCCCCUCUCCCCUGUCCCAGUGUUUCUUUCUCACCCCCCCGUCUGAGUGUUUCUUUUCCCCUCCCCCCCCGUCCCAGUGUUUCUGUUCCCCUCCCCGCCCCAGUGUUUCUCCCCUCCCCCGCCCCAGUGUUUCUGUUCCCUCCCCCGGCCCCAGUGUUUCUGUUCCCCUCCCCCGGCCCCAGUGUUUCUGUUCCCUCCCCGCCCCAGUGUUUCUGUUCCCUCCCCGCCCCAGUCCCGCCCCAGUGUUUCUGUUCCCCCUCCCCCGCCCCAGUGUUUCUUUUCCUCUCCCCCGCCCCAGUGUUUCUUUUCCUCCCCCGCCCCAGUGUUUCUUUCUCCUCUUCCCCGGCCCCAGUGUUUCUUUUCCUCUCCCCCGCCCCAGUGUGUUUUUCCUCUCCAGUCCCAGUGUUUCUUUUUCCUCCCCCGUCCCAGUGUUUUCUUCCCCCCAGUGUUUCUUUUCCUCCCCCUGCCCCAGUGUUUUUUCCCUCCCCCGGCCCCAGUGUUUCUUUUCCCUCCCCCCCGCCCCAGUGUUUUUUCCUCCCCCUCCCCAGUCUUUUUCCAGUGUUUCUUUCCCCCCCCCGUCCCAGUGUUUCUUUUCCAAUAUAUAUCCAAUUUAUAUUUCUGUAUCUUAGGAUUUGUGGUCCUCGCUGUGGUGAAAUCCAUGAGAAUGAAAUUGAUUGGGGCAAACGUUGUGUGGACAAGUUUGAUAUCAUUGGAAUCAUAGGGGAAGGCACCUAUGGACAAGUUUACAAAGCCAGGGAUAAAGACACAGGUAAGAAAAAUGGGUCCAUUGUUAAGCAAUAUAUAUAUAUAAUUUUUUAUUUUUUUUAUUUCUUCACUGAAAAUCACUGUGAUUUUUCUAGGCCAAGUUCGUGGAAUCACCUGUCAGCCUUAUUUUGAUGUCAGCUUGUCAAUAAUUGAAUGCUGACAAAUAAAAUAAGUCCUAUAGAGAAAACCUAACUUAAUAUUUCUGUUGUUGCUUUAAAACCUCUUAUUAAUAUUAUUAUUAUUUAUAAAGCACCAACAAAUGCAUCGCUGUGCAAUAGAUGGUCUAACACACUAGUAUUUGUAACAAGACGCGUUGAACGUACAGGAAGAGAGGGUGUAGAGGACCCCGCUCAAGCGAGCUGGAUAGAGUGGGGUAUGGGUAGGAUGUAUUUCAUGUAUGGGAAAAAGUAGAUACUAGAAUAGUUUACAAUGGAUGUUUUUUUUCGAUGGCACAGUUGCAGGAGAGGAAGCAAAGUUGGUUUCCAAGGUGUGGGGAUUGAAAGCUAGUAAAAAAUUAAAUUGAUAUGCAUUGCUAAAGAAGUGUGUUUUUAAUGAUCCUUUGAAGGAACAGAGACUAGGUGAGAGUAUAACGAAGAAGGAAAGGUAGUUCCAUAGGAACGGAGCAGCCCUAGAGAACUCUUGCAGGUGGAGUACGAACGGCGGAUAGAAGCAGAGCGCAAGCACUUGGAUGAGACAUACUUGUGUUUUAGUGUGGAUCGGUAGGAACAGUGUUAUGUAGAGAUUUGUAAGCAAGCACCAGAAUUUUAGAUUGAACCAUAAAUCUUACGGGAAGCCAUUGUAAGGACUGACACAGGGUCGAGGUAUGGGACGUGCGGGCAGACUUGAAGAUGAGCCUUGACACCGCAUUCAUUAUAGACUGUAACGGGGCAAGCUGGAAACACGUAAGAUCACUGAAGAGUUUCAAGUGGCAUGGACCAGCACUUAAGCCAUAUCUGAUGUUAGGGGCAAAUGAAAGGUAUGUUAUUGAGAUGGAAGCAGCAGGAUUUGGCAAGUGACUGGAUUGGUGAAGGAGAGUUUGGAGUCAGAACACCUAGGCAGGGAGCCUACGAGGUGGAGUUGAUGGUAGUGUCAUUGACUUAAAGGGAUACAGACAUGUGAAUUGCAACACUUGAGGGAGGAAAGACCAGAAAUUCUGCAUUGGACAGGUUAACUUUAAGGGCGUGAUCAGCCAUUCAGAUAGAAAUGGCAGAGAGGCAGUUGGAGACUCGAAUCAAGAGGGACGGUGAAAGAUCAGGAGAGAACAGAAAUAUUUCUGUGUCAUCUGUAUAGAAGUGAUAUUGGAACCCAAAAUGGCGAAUUAGUUUACUUAGGGAGGCAGUAUAGAUUGAGAACAGUAGAGUAAGAAGGACAGAAGCUUGAGUGACAUCAACUGAGAGGGGUAGCAUAGAAGAGCGAGAGCCAGAAAAAGAAACCCUGAAAGCGUGCUGGGAGAGGUAGGAGGAAAACCAAGAAAGAGCGGAGUAGUGUAACUAGUCUAGUUUUCUUUUCCGGAAGAGCCAAACUGUACAAGCGUAGCAUCAAUUUAUAGUGGAGGAAGUCAGAUGCAGAAUGAGACUUUCUCCAGCGACGUUCAGCAUUUCUGGAGCAUUUUAUUUGUAGGUAAUGGGUCAGCUUAGUGUGCCAAGUGGCCAUCUAAGGAUUGGUCAUUUGGUGGUGUCCCUAGUGGCAAUGUAAACACUGACUUUUCAUUGAAAAGGCAGUGUUGACAAAAAUGCCUGAAGGGAGCUAUUAUACUCACCAGAACAACUACAUUAAGCUGUAGUUGUUCUGGUGACUAUAGUGUCCCUUUAAUUUUAAUAUUUGAGAUAAAUAUAAUAUAGUUUGCUUUAUAUUAAUAUCCCUCUAAGCUUUAAUAGCUUUCAUUAAAAAACUUACGAGCUUUAAUUGUCCAUUGAGUCAGUACAACACAGUUCACUAUUUUGUGAAUCAACUUAAUUAUUUUAAUAUUAUUUCACAAUUAUGUACAUCAAUCAUAUGGCCUUUAACAUGUUUUCUGUAUUUAGUGAUUGAUUUUCCUGAUGACAGUGUGAAGAAUUAUGAAUAAAAUAUUCAUGCACACCAACUCAGCAAAUCAAAACUGUUCCAAGAUGGAAAUUGAUAGACAUUAAAUGUGUGUAUAUCUAUAUAUAUUUUUUUAUUUUUUUUAACAUACCCUUUUGCAGGAGAAAUGGUGGCUUUGAAGAAAGUGCGUUUAGACAAUGAAAAAGAAGGCUUUCCUAUUACAGCCAUUCGGGAAAUCAAAAUCCUUCGCCAACUUAACCAUCAGAGCAUCAUUAACAUGAAGGAAAUUGUUACUGAUAAAGAAGAUGCUUUGGACUUCAAGAAGGACAAAGGUUUGAACACAGAUACUUGUGUACUUGUGAAUUUUAAUAUAUAUUAUAAAUAAAUUCUUAAUGAGAAUUGUAUUAUAAAAGGCACAUCCAUGGAAAAAGACGCGUCUCUUUCUGACUUAAACUUGCAAAAUUUAGUUGUCAGAUCACCUUAUUUUUCCCAGCACAUUGAAAUUAUAGAGAAAGCGCUUUCUCAAAUCACAGCUGUAGCUGUGAGGAGUUUCAGUUAGACAGAAUCAUAAGAUUAGGUGCCCUCAAAGGCACAGGAAAACAUCUCCCUUACUAAGGUAUAGACAGCUCAGCUUUGUUACUUAAAGGAGCACUAUAGGGUCAGGAACACAAACAUGUAUUCCUGACCCUAUAGCGUUAAAACCACAAUCUAGCCUCCCUGGUUCCCCCUUGCCUCCCUAAAUAUAGUAAAAUCUUACUUGUAUUCAAGCCUGAAGCUGCUGGCCUUGUCCCCGUUUCCUUUAGACCUGCCCACUGCCUGUUGACAUCAGCAGAAGUGGUGGUCAGAACCAAUCACAAUGCUUUCCCAUAGGAUUGACUGAGACUGACAGAGGCAGAUCAGGGGCAGAGCCAGCACAAUUCAAACAGAGCUCUGGCCAAUCAGCAUCUCCUCAUAGAGAUGAAUUGAAUCAAUGCAUCUCUAUGAGGAAAGUUCAGUGUCUGCAGAGGGAGGAGACACUGAAUGUUUGGAUGCAUUUUAGGCACCCAUGACCCAGGAAGGAUCUCUUACAGCCAUCUGAGGAGUGGCCAGUGAAGUUAUCAUUAGGCUGUAAUGUAAACACUGCAUUUUCUCUGAAAAGACAGUGUUUACAGCAAAAAGCCUGAAGGUAAUGAUUCUACUCACCAGAAAAAAUUCAAUAAGCUGUAGUUGUUCUGGUGACUGUAGUGUCCCUUUAACUCCAUGAAAUGAUUCUGGACAUCCUCAUGCAAAGCGAGCGUCUUGAAAAUCCCCAUAAGAAAGUAUUGAGCCAUUGCUUUCCUAUGGGGAAGGCCUAAUGCGCACACCGCACAUGCACAUUAGUUACCCCUCAUCACUGUGACGUCGAAGAACGAUCAGGUAAGUGGGAAAAACAGGGUUUUUAACCCUUUAUUUAGGUCGGGGGACGGACGCAGAGGGACACUAUAGUGUUAGAAGCACAGUUACAGUGGCACCUGUCAAGGGGUGGGAUAUAUUAGGCAGCAAGUGAACAGUCAGUUUUUGAAUUACAUGUGUUGGAAUCAGGGAAAAUGGACAUGCAAAAGGAUCUGAGUGACUUUGACAAGGGCUCAAUAGUGAUGGCUAGGUGACUGUGUCAGAGCAUCUCCAAAACGGCAAGUCUUGUGGGGUAUUCCUGGUAUACAGUAGUUGGUGCCUACCAAAAGUGACACAAGGAUGGACAACCAGUGAAUCAGCGUUUGGGUGAAGACUAGCCUGUCUGGUCCAAUCACACAGAAGAGCUCAGAUUGCUGAUUAAUUGAUAUGACCGAUAUACUGGUCAUGAUGUAAAGGUAUCCAUACGCAAAGUGCAUUCCAAGUUUGCAGGUCAGAUUGCCCAUGAUGACCCCUGUCAGUCAGUGGUUUUAAUUUUAGGCUGAUCAGUGUGUAUAAUUAUUUAUUUUUUUUGGAUGCUACCCCUUGGUUUUGGCACAAGUAUUUAUAUAUGAAGAAAACUUACCAGCACUCAAGCCACCAGCCACCAGCCUUUCUCAAGCUUCAUUUGUUACAGCAUAAAGUCUUUACAGCAAAAAAGUUGAGGUCUCAGUUCCUCAAUGGAACUUUUAUCAAGACAAUUAAUGUGUGUGUGUGUGUGUAUAUACAGUCAGAGGAUUUGUACUAAAAAGUCUGGGUUGGUUACCCUAUUAAGUGCACCUCAACAUAUAUGUGCUUUAGUGAUUAGUGAUAUUUUCAAGAAUAUUUUACUUUUUUAUUUAUUUUAUUGCAAACGUAUUUAUUUAUUUUUACCUCGUGGUAAAAACAAGAACCAUUGACCUCUGUGCACAGCCUCUAAAGGGACACUCCACUACCUAAAUAUAAAAUCACUGUUUAGUAGAUACACCUGAAAAGACAACAUGCAUGCUUUUAAUUAUGCCUUAUUUCAUUUGGGUUAUGUCUAAAGCCUCUUGCAAAACCUGCAUUUCUCUUGCCUGCCUUUGCACACCUGCCCCUUCUAACUCCGUCCAGACUUUCUGUGGCUGUCCAAUCCCAAACUUCCCAGUACAGCUCAAGCAGAAGUCUUUGCAGGUCUUUGAAGUAUUUGCAGGUGCUCUGAGCAAUUCCUGCCUCUUGAGUUUAGCUUCAAUGAGCUAGCCAAACCAGAAAGUAACGGCCUAUUGUCUCCUUGAAAGUCAGAGGAUGUAACCAGAUUAAUUUAUAAAAGUUUCAUUUUCUACUGAAAUCUGCACGUUUUGCAACAUUAAAAACAAAUAGGACAGUCUUCACACAUAAAGCUUUCUAGCAGGCUAAAGUGCUUUACUGGUCAAGGAUAGGAUCCUAUGGUGCAUCAGAUUGUUGGCAUGCUGUUUCUCAAGAGUUAUGGGAUGUCUGUCCAUUUGCUCCCACCAUCUUAGAGAAGUAGCAUAUAUAUCUUACAAUCUGUACAGGUACUUUUGCCAGUAUAAUGCAUAGAUCAACUGUAUACCUACCUAAUGAUGAUCUUGUCAUUAUUUUACAGAUUACCAUUUACUUUAGUACAGUGUAAAGUUGAAAGACUAGCAAAUGCAAUCAUUUAAUUGUAAAACCAUUUUAUUCUUUUUAGGAGCUUUUUACCUGGUCUUUGAGUACAUGGACCACGACUUGAUGGGUCUGUUGGAGUCAGGUUUAGUGCUCUUCAAUGAACUCCACAUAAAAUCCUUCAUGAAGCAACUUAUGGAAGGCUUGGACUACUGUCAUAAAAAGAACUUUCUGCAUAGGGAUAUCAAGUGCUCAAACAUACUACUAAAUAAUAAGUAAGUCACUGUUUAUAAUUAUUUGAAAUAGAGCAACAUUUUCUUCCGUGUCGCACAUCACAAUGGUGUUACAAACAACUUCAUGUACAGUAUUACAGGAAUCUGGUUAAACAGCUUAUAUAUGCAAAAAAAUCAAAAAAUGUGAAUGUGCUUUAUUACAUUUUAAUUUACUAUAAACUUGGUAAGAUUACAAUGUUGGAUAUGCCUCGCGUUAGGGGAGUUUCUUCAGUAUUCACCCCCCCAAUCCUUACCCAUCUUUGUCCGUUUCGGGUGAGUCCAUUAACGUCAGAAAGAGAGAUAAAUCCAACACUGUAACCUGCUCUGCAUGAACACACUGAUCUGACUCCCUCUUUUCUUCCGGUCAGAUUUUGUAAGCUGAAGAGAACUUCCAACUGCAUGUGUCAAUUUCAGGCAUGCCCAAUGCACUAUUCCAGUACUCAGAGGGAUAGAAUAUUGAUUGGUUGUCAGUGUCUACUCUGUAGUGGUGGAAUGCAAGAAAGAAGUAGAUAAAUGUGAAAAUAAAUCUUAUUUACAUGCUUUUUUCAGUCUGCAGAGUUGAGGCCACUCAGAGUGAUGCAUGUCCCUUUAAUUGCGCAGCCUUUUUAAGGGCAUUCCAACUGUACCCUAUGUUUUUGCCUGUAGAUACAGCAGUGAAUAAUGGCUGAUACUGACCAAUAGAUUGGGACAACAGCUUGAUAUCCUCGGCAUAAUGUAGUGAUGGCUAACCUUGACAGCAUAAAUUGUUUCUGCACUAGAUUUCCCAUGAUGCUCAGUUAGCUUUUAGACUCUAAAAGCUAGCUGAGCAUCAUAGGAAAUGCAGUCCAGAAACAAUUUAUGGUGUCAAGGUUAGCCAUCACUGGCAUAAUGUGUAGUGUAGUGUAGUGUAGUGUAGUGUAGUGUGUGUGUGUGUGUGUAUGUAUAUAUGUAUAUAUAUAUAUAUAUAUAUAUAUAUAUAUAUAUAUAUAUAUAUAUAUAUAUAUAUAUAUAUAUAUAUAUAUAUAUAUAUACACACAGAAUUCAUCCAUCUUCCUGGUUCCUAACACACAAUUACAUAUUUCAGAUUGGAUGCUCUACAAGAGUAGCUACUGUUGAUAUAGGUUGGACUAUGCUUGAUGUAAUAUAUAUAUAUAUAUUAAAUUCUUUGGUAGUCUCAUCUGUGACAAUUCUCAUUUGAAUUUUUGUAAGGAUGAUGAAAAUGUCAACUCCAUGUUGGUUUUGUUUGUUGGCUUGUUUCAAAUUAACUUGUAUGUAGUUAACACAACUGUAUUUAUAUUUUGUAUCUCCCUUACUAAUUUGUUCUCUCUAAAUUCAUUAUUUAAAUUUUUUUAAAAGGGGGCAAAUCAAACUUGCAGAUUUUGGACUUGCUAGACUUUACAGUUCUGAAGAAAGGUACGCCAAUGUGAUUAUGUGUAGAACCUAAGUGUUGUGUGUAAUGUGCUAAAACAGCAACAGCAGGCAGUUUCAGUUGAUUGCCUUUGAUAUUUCAAGUCCUUAGAAUUGUCCGCACUAAAAAAUAUUUUCUCUGUAUAUACACUCAAUAAUACAUCUGUUAUGAAUUAAGAGAAUCUUGUCAUUUUUUUGAGGACUAACCAAGAAUAACUAUGGUGUAGAACCUUGUGUCUUAAGAUGGAGCACAUGUUCCGCAAUAGAGGGUUUAACCUGACUCAUUUCAUUUGGAUGAACCUGGUCAAAUUAAUUUUUACACCUGUAUUAUAGUGCAAACCGCAGGAUCUACCUACUGGUCCAAAUGGAUAUGAUUGUGGAUGUUUAUCAGUGUUAAUUUUGGCGUCAAAUUUCAAUUUACUUUUAGUCAUAGUCUUUUGACUAAAAAGCCAUUUUAGUUUUCGUCCUGGUUUAGUCAUCUUUGUUGUUUGUCGACUAGAAUCUGACUAAAAUUGUUAGUCGACAAAAUUAACACUGAUGUUUACUAAGAAUAUUUUGCUUGAAUCUUCAGAGAAUUGUAACAUGGGUGCCCAUGUGCCAAUUAACUGUAUCCUAUAUUCAUCAAAACAACUUUAGCUUCAUGAAGCCAUUUUGGUAUAUAGAUCACACCCCUGCAGUCUCCCUGCUCAAUUCUCUACCAUUUAUGAGUUAAAUCACUUUUCAAUUGCUGGAAAAAUAAUAAUGGUUUCAUUUUCAAUCAGACUUUAACUUGCUUUAGAAGUUGUAUAUCCUGCUCUGUAAACUGAACUUUAAUCACACACAGGAGGCACCUGCCAGGGUCUUAAUUGACCAGGAGAUACCGUAUUUUUCGCUCCAUAAGACGCACCUCACCAUAAGACGCACCUAGUUUUUAGAGGAGGAAACCCAGAAAAAAAAAUAUUCUGAACAAACUGUUCCAUAGUGUUUCUUACCAUGGGACAGUUUGUUCAGAAUAUUUUUUUCUCCCCUGUCCCAUAAUGAUCUUUAACCCCCCUUUCCUCUGUCCCAUAGUGAUUGUUAACCCCUCCUACCCUGUCCCAUAGUGAUUGUUAACCCCUCCUACCCUGUCCCAUAGUGAUUGUUAACCCCUCCUACCCUGUCCCAUAGUGUUCUUUAACCCCUCCUCCCCUUGUCCAUUAGUGUUCUGAUCCCAUAGUGUCCCCCCCUCCCAUUGUCCCAUAGUGCACUUUCCCUCCCAUAGUGUCCCCCCCUGCCCUUGUCCCAUAGUGUCUCCCCCUCCCCUUGUCCCAUAGUGUCCCCCCUCCCCUUGUCCCAUAGUGUCCCCCCUCCCCUUGUCCCAUAGUGUCUCCCCUCCCUUGUCCCAUAGUGUCUCCCCUCCCUUUCUCCCAUAGUGUCCCCCUCCCCUUGUCCCAUAGUGUCUCCUCCCCUCCCCUUGUCCCAUAGUGUCUCCUCCCCUCCCCUUCUCCCAUAGUGUCCCCCCUCCCCUUCUCCCAUAGUGUCUCCCCUCCCUUUCUCCCAUAGUGUCCCCCUCCCCUUGUCCCAUAGUGUCUCCUCCCCUCCCCUUGUCCCAUAGUGUCUCCCCCUCCCCUUGUCCCAUAAUUACUUACCUGUCUUGGAGCGUGGGCCGGCUUCACAGCGCGCUCCGCGGUCCAGGAACUAAUAUUUCAGGUUCCGGUUUCCGGCGGGACUGAAAGGAAGUGUGCACACUCAGUGUGCACACUUCCUUUCAGUCCCGCCGGAAACCGGAACCUGAAAUAGAAGUUCCUGGACCGCGGAGCGCGCUGUGAAGCCGGCCCACGCUCCAAGACAGGUAAGUAAUUCUUCACAUUCGCUCCAUAAGACGCACAGACAUUUCCCCUCACUUUUGAGGGGAAAAAAAGUGCGUCUUAUGGAGCGAAAAAUACGGUAAUACAUUCUAGUUUAAACAGACUGUGCAAUAUAGGAACCUAUUAUAUCAAGGUUAAUUUUCAGGAAGUGUUUAGGAAAGCUGUGUAAGUAAAAUGCAAGGAUUUGUGCCAGGGCUGCAUAAACAAAGUAAUGUAACUCCAGAGAAUUGAGCAUUGAGACUGCAGGGGCAUGAUCUAUACAUCAAAACUACUUUUAUAAAGCUAAAGUUGUUUUGGUGCCUAUAGUGUUAACUAGGUUAGUUUUUGUUUAUCGGUAUGGAUAGCACUGCUAUGCCGUACAAAUGGGUGGGUAACAUGAGAGGGUGUUGGGCACAUAUAUGAAGUUUAUUUUUUUUAAAACAAUGUUUCUUGUGUGCUAUUGCAAAGUAGUGCAUCAUUGUCCCCAUAUACAUUUCACUCCAGAUUACGUCUCCAGACUGAUAUAUUUUGUAUCUUUCAAAUUUUAUUUAUAUACUAGAAAAGCUACAAUUUCUGGAGAAAUUGUGUGAAGUGUUCUUGCCUCCACCAGUAGUCAACAACUGGAGUGGGCGGAGUAACUAUUAUUUAUUUAUAUAGCACAUUUAAUUGCAACGUUGUUGCCUAAAGUGCUUCACAGUUACAUUAAACCAUACAUUUAGAAAAACAUUAGCAGGUGUUCAAAAGGCCCUAUCUAUGACAUCACUUGCUGCUCCAGCCUGGCAUAGGUCAGAGUAUUUUGACGGUUGCCAUCUUCAAACUGUCAUAUUUUAACAACUAUACAUCCUACAGCGAAGAGCUUUAUAUUGUGAGAAUCACAAGACCCAGAUCUACAUUUUGAUGUCUCUGAAGUAUUAAAAAUGAAGGCACAGUCGCAGUUUAGAAAUUGUCCUUCAAAUUUAAGCUGGCUGGAGUGGAGUUUUUAAUGAAUGUCAAUGGAUGGCGUGAGUUGCAAACAAAUGGUCAUAUUGUGAAAAUGAUCAGGACUAUGGCUUAGCCGUGGACAUGUUUAGUGGCAGCAGGGAUAGCUGAACGUUUUGAUAUUAGAUUUGUGUAGGUGGGCUUGAAAAUGAGGGAGUGGUGGCAGUUUAGAAAUCAUGUCCUGAUUUUUCAGCUUUUGCCAGCUCCCACUCUAGUUUUGAACAUUUUGCCAUUCAUUCCUAUGGGACCAAUUUUGCCACAAGAACGACGAUAUUCCAUUCGGCGAAACGUUCCACAAGUCAUAGCAAUCCGAUCGGGAACAAUCCGCACGUUUCGGUAUAUUACUGUCUAUGUAGUGUAAAAACUGUGGGAGGAGUUAGGGUGGUAAAUUUGGCUAUAAUAAGAAUAAUAUAUAUGUGAGAUAACAUUAAGUGGUCUUGCUAUGCAAGAACACUUAAAUAUAAGGAAUAUUUAUUAAUUAUACACUCUGUUUUAAAGGGAGAUACGAAUAAUAUCUCUUUGUUUUUUUUGAUAGUCGACCAUACACAAACAAAGUUAUAACCCUGUGGUAUCGACCUCCAGAGCUACUACUUGGUGAAGAGCGGUAUUCUCCUGCUAUAGAUGUAUGGAGCUGUGGGUAAGUAAGUUUGUGGGAAUCACUAAGGAUUUACAAAUUACUACCGCAUUCUCCUAUUUUAUUUAAUAUUUACCCCAACUAACCAUUCAUGGUUUCAGGAUCCAAUUUUUAUGAUCACAGGUAGAUUGGUAGACAUUCAGAAAUGACUGACUCUGAAUAAGGUGAUAAUGAAAGCAUUUUAUAAUCAGAAGCAGAGACGAUGCUAGACUAUUUUGCCAUUACUAGUUAACCCCCCACCCCCACAAAAAAACAAAAAUUCCUAUCUUUGCAUGUCUUUCUCCCUCUCCCCAGCCCCUUGCGUGUCCUCCUCCUGCCGGUCCACUGGACAUUGCACCCUAGGUAGAGCCAGCCCAGACCUGAAGACCAGUUUUGGCAACGUGUGGUGUAAAUGUAUUUAAUAUAUCCAUAUAAUGCAGACUUGUAAUGUUAAUCUCAGCAUAAGCACACUUUGGAUUAAAUAAGUAAAACAGAGUUAAGAGGAUCAUUCAGUGACUCAAAGGGUAUUCCUAAUCUGCAUGUGUGCAGGCAGAAAAUUCUAAACGCCUGUGAGGCCACACUGCAACUUCUAUUUUAUUCCACUAAUAACUCCCCUUCCCCCCUUUGGAAUCUAGCUCAUAUAUGCUGUAAUGAAGACUGCUGAACUACGUAGUACAUAAACAUGUUGAGGGUGUUUGGGUUAUGUAUUUUCUUAGACCGUUGUGGAAGCACAUGAUUAGCUCGGGAGUUUAGUGAGAACUCACUUUGUAACUGCAAUUUUGUGUUUGGUUUUUUUUUUUUUUUUUAUUAUGUAAAACAUUUAGGAGUAAAAAGCUUGGUUGAAAGACAGUAUACUAUAAAAAUUAUAUUUAUAUAUCUAUCUUUAACUCAAAAAAUGUGUAUAAUGUAGAUCUAGUAGGCAAUGUUCAGUACUCCAGAUGUGACGUGAAACCCCUAAAACAAUGAGUAGAGCGCUAAUAGUUUAGUAGAUAUACCCCUAUAGCAGGUGUAGGCAACCUUUGGCACUCCAGAUGUUGUGGACUAAAUCUCCCAUGUUGCUUCAACAGAAUUAUGGCUAUAAGUGCAUUAUGGAGUGCUGAAGGGAUGCUACAGGGCGCUUCUCCAGGCUCCAGCUAGCUAUUAACGAGGAGAUAAAAGUUUAUUCUAAAUGAAACACACUGGUCAGUCAAUGAAGGAAGUUUGAAAAUUGGAUCUCCACUUACAGGAAAUGUGAAGGGAGGCUGUGUAAGUUAUGGCAGGGGAGGUGUGGCUAGGGCUGCAUAUACAAAGUAAAUUAAAGGGACACUAUAAGCACACAGACCACUUUAUCUAAUUGACAAUGUUCUCACAUCCCUGCAAUGUAAAACAGAUGGCCAUUAGAGAGACACUUCCUGCAUUUUCACAGACUUUAAAUCUGAGAACCGACUUUGGACGUCUUCACGCUUUUCAUGAAGACACCCAGCAUCUUCAAAAAUCCCCAUAGGAAAGCAUUGAUUAAAAGCUUUUCUAUGGGGAAGCUCUCAUCCCCGCUGAAGGAUGAGAUGGAUACAGCACCGAGGGACCUUGUCACUGGAUAAAGGUAAGUGUUAAGAGUUUUUUUUAUUUUAAUUUUUUUUUAACCCUUUCAGCACUGGGGGUGAGGUGAAGGGGGCAGAAGCAGAGGGACAUUAUAGUUUUAGGAAUACAAAACUGUAUUCUAAAUGGCAAGGAAUUGAACACUGAGAGUGUAGGUGCAUGAUCAAUACACAGGAACCACUUAAUUAAGCUAAAUUUGUUUUGGUGCUUAGUGUAUCUUUUAAAGGGACUUUCUAAGUACCAAAACCACUUAAUCUUAAUGUUGUGCUUUUGGUUCAGCAACCCUGUCUGUGCAGUCUGACAAAUGUAGAGGUACUUCCUCUUUAAAGGGACACUGUAUUCAAUAUAACCAUUUCAUCUCUUUCAAUUUGUUAUAGUGCCUGGCACUGUCCCUCUAUUCACACUUAAAUCAUUUUAGAGCAGUUUAACACUAAAUAAGGGUCCCUGGCUACCCACAGUCUGUCCCUUUUUGGGGUGUGACUGGGGCAGAGAUUACACACUUACAUGUAGUUAGAUCCUUUGUACCAGUUAGAGCUCUGAUAGGCUGAGGGUGUCAGCUGACUUCUUUUAGCCUAUCAUUACUGCUCAUGCUAAUACUUCCUUAUUAGCCAAAGCAGCACAGAUGGGAUGGGCUGUUGAGGACUCUCAUUUAGCAUAAAACAUAAAAAAAUGUAACUGUAUAAUGAUGAAUGAAAUUACGACACCAGGGAAUUCCAGACACUAUAACCAAUUUAAUGAGCGGAAGCAGAUAUAGUGUCCCUUUUAAAGCUAGGAGUGAUGAAAUUUUGAAGAAGCACAACACUGAUAAUUAAUCUCUUUGAGAAGCACCCAAAUGGUGGAGUACAGUGAUGGUCUCACAUGCGACUUAAAUUGCCAAUGCUUCUAUAUGAGAACCAUCAGAUCAUCAGAAUAAUGAUCUAUGAACGGGCGUAGCAGCUACCACAAUGAAAAUGGGCUACCAUUGGAUAAAAGGGAAGUUUUAUGCAGUUUUUUUUUUUUUUUUCUUCAAAGGGGAAGCCUUUAAUCUAAAAUUUCAUAGGAACACUCAAACCUUAUGAAUACAUAUUCUUUUUGUUUUCUUCUAUAAAUCUCUCUAGCAUGUACUCAGUCAAUUCAUGUAGGAUUUCUGAUAUAAUUUAGGGGUUUUAUUAAAAAAAAAAAAGUGUUAAUCUCCUUUUAGGACUUGGCAGUAAUCCCUUUUUUUUUUUUUCCUUAUGUUGUUAUUCUUUCAAACUAAAAUUCAGGUUUACAUUUUUCUACUGACUCCUCUUCCAAAGAGUGACUUAUUUUCAUUUUAAUAGGUGUAUACUAGGUGAAUUGUUCACUAAGAAACCGAUUUUCCAAGCUAACCAAGAACUUGCGCAACUUGAACUUAUAAGGUGAGAAACGUAUUGUUCUACUGUCACAAGAAAAUUCAGGACAGUCUCAACCUGAUUCACAUAUUUUUAUUUAAGGUUUAUUUAUUCUUUUAGUAAGAGAAUCGGAUAUUAAAAGUUAUUAAAUUAAGCUAUAAUUUAUACAUCUCCUGUGUCUUUUUAAAAUCAAGUUUUGGUGUGGUAAUUGGCUAAAAAGGACACACUUGGUAACAUUACCACGCUAUCUCAUUGAAAUGUUUAUGGUGCAUGGAGUUGGAUCACAGUUUGGUGUAAAACCUUAUUAGAUCAGUUUAACUCUGAAUAAAGAUCCCCUGGCACCCGUGACCCAGAACCCACUUGAAGUAUGGUUAAAAUGGAGUGUAACUCUGCUUUAGUAUGUCAGAAUAUUAAUCCAUACUUGCAAUGUCUGACUGAUAAGCUGAGAGUACUCAGCUGAAGCUCUCUGCUCAUCACUGCUAAAAUGGAAAAAGUUAGCCCAAACAACAUUGAAGGGCUGGGGACCCUCAUUCAGUGUUAAACCAUUUGAACAUUUGUUUAACACUGAACAAAUGCACAUUGCCAGGGGACUCCUGGCCCCAUAGCCACUUUAAUUAUUUGAAGCGAUUUAUGAUGCCUAACAUGUCUCUUUGAAACUUAAAAUAACCACAGAACUUGCAGUACAUACAGUAUGCUGCUAGACUUUUUGCUAUGUUUGUAAAAUUGUAUCUAUGUUUUCUGGCUAUUUGAGUAGCACAAAUGUAGAUUAAAAUAUCAGUGCGUGCAGUUGUUAAAGUGAAGCCUCAUAAAUGUGUGCAUGACUGAUGCAAUUUAAUAUAUAAAACUGCGAUACUAGUGAUAUGAGUCUCUACAACUUGUACACUCCAAAAUUAUGCGCAAUUUGAAUUUUAAGCACAAAUUUUUUUUCUUGGGCAACUUAAACAAAUAGUACAUUUUCUAAAACCGUUUGCUUAUGUGAUUACCACUAGGUGGCAAAAGUGUACUGCAAAUUCGAUUUUCUUACUGCAAUUGAUUGUUGCUGUUUACUGCCCCAAGGUUUAGGAAAAAGCUUCACAUUCAUAUGAUAAUUAUAACUUUAGAUAAACUGAAAGACAAAUAUUAGAAAGUGAAAAUCACUUUGCAUGUUGUAUGUGCAAUAGUCCCUGGCGAACAGCCCAGCAGAUAUCUUUGAUUGGUGAAGUCAACAUCAGAGCUUUAUUUGCCAUUGAAGUGAGCGAUUUUCAUUGGCAUUUCUGUACAGAGCUGCUAUUGAUGUAGCAAACAUAUACCCUUAACAAUAAAAGUAAUGGAUUUAAGAAAUAUUUCACAACUUACCUCAACCUGCGGGUGCCAGAACAGGACAUUAUAUCCUGUCACUGUGACAUUGUAACCACACAGUGGGUAUAAACAGCAUUCAAUGUCUGCAGUGGUUCACAAAACCAUUGAAAUCGUAUCUGCAUUGCUAACCGUGCCUUAUUCUGUUUACUUUUGAUAGCAGUUUGAAUGUUAUGAUUAAAGGAAUACUAUAGGCACUGUAAUUGCUUCAUCCCUUUGAAAUGAUUUUAGUGUUUGGUUUAAUUUAGUGCUGCCCUUCCUGUUCAGUGUAAAACUAUUUAAAAAAAAAUUUCCAGUGUAUUUUUUAUUGAGGUAAUUGCACGAUACAAAAUGCAUAGGAAAAAGCUUUAGCAAAGACAACUUGAAUCAGGGUAUUGGGGUACAUCCUAUAUUAUAUACCUUAUUUUUAUAUAUAUAUUGACACGAGGAAUAACCACCCGCCCAGCAUUAGCCCCCCAAAAAAGGCAGAGUUAAGGAAGAGUGUGAGAAACGCUAGACAUAGUGUAUAACGUGGAUAUGCAAUGGUAGUUAUCAAGUAAAAGGGAGUGACCUACUUGGUUGCAUUUGACGCAUCAACACUCUAUUACCCUGAGGUGUUUGGGGGGGUGAGGGUGUGGGAGGGAGUUAGGGGGAAUGGGGUUGCGUUAAAGGUGCGCAUGGCCAUCGUGGGUAGCCUAGUUGGGAGGGUAAAAAUAAGAAUGAGCCUACAGGGUUAAACCUGUCAAGUAGAAAUUCUGCCACUGAAAAAAAUCAAUGAUGAUAAAACAAAUGUAAAUCUGACUAGAGUCAAUGCAAACAUAGUGAACCAAUGGAGCUGUUAUGCAUCCUGCGUCAACACAGGGCUGUCAGGACAUUCUUCACCGAUCACCAGCUACUUUCCUGGGCAUAAUUGGCACCAUAUUAUCAAUGUCCCAUUGUGAAAUCGAAGUAAAGGCGGCCCCUGAGGUCGUGCAGACUGAGAGCCCAGUAGAAGCCUGGUGCGCCAGCUAUAUCUUCCAAUAUGUGCUUCUUGCCCUCUCUGGUGGUAUAUGACAAUCACGUUUUGCAGAGGAGCUGUUGUGGGACGGCCCACUCUGUACAUCCCUUCAAGUGAGUAUGUUUUUCACCUAUAUAGAUGGCAGUAAAGAGGAGAGUAAGUGUUGAAUGUACUGAGUCAAUUCUUCAGUGCCAAUUUCGCUCCCAACAAGUGGCGGGUGAGAUCUACAUGUUGCUUUGUGAGUAGGGCAGAGUUGAAUUGGGCCUAACGGGAAGUCACAGAUUAGUCUACCACCGCCUUUAUGAAACCGGUGAGGGUAUGCAUUUCCUCACGGAUCUGUGCGCCGCCUGCUUGACACAUUGUGCGCAGUUCAUGCAGGAGGUAUUUAAAAUCACCCUUGUAGUUGGGGCACUGUCUUCCUCUUCCAGAGUAAGGCUUUUGUCAGCCCAUGCUUACCGGAGGUGGUAGGUAUCGACCUGGCUCCGGUGUAAGCUUCAAGUAUGGCUCUAGAUGAGCUGCGGUCGGCGCAGCUCUCUGAGCUCACGGUGAGUACGACUUAGCACUAUGGCUACUUGCUCCCCCUGUGUAAGACCAAUUUUAAUGUUUUAAAUGCUAAAGAAGAAUCCCCAGUAGAGCAUCCAUUCUGUACUGCUUGAGCUAAUAAGAGAGAGCAUGGGCUUGGUUAGCAAUUCGGUGAGAGUGUCUGACUGUUUUCCAUCCUCUAAAGCAUCUAUUGCUGGUAUGAUUUUGUGUGAUUUAGAAGUGUAAUUUCUCCUUUAGCCAUACCUCCAUUAGGGGCAGGCUGUGGGUAGGCAAGGACUAGUAAUUAACUGCUCAACAUGGUUUAACAUUGAAUGAAGGGACAGUACCAGAAGACACCAGACAAUAUAUCCAAUUCAAUGAGCUGAAAUGGUUAUAGUGCCUACAGUGUCUCUUUUAAAGAUAACUGUGACACACAUGAACAUGAUUCUUUUAACAGUGGAUAAUUGGUUUUUUUUGUGUGUUUUUUUUUGCUAUUUCUUUUUGUUUUAAAGCCGUAUGUGUGGAAGUCCUUGUCCUGCUGUGUGGCCUGAUGUGAUAAAACUCCCAUAUUUCAACACCAUGAAACCAAAGAAGCAGUAUCGCCGGAAAAUCAGAGAAGAGUUUGCUUUGUAAGCAUUUAUUUUAAUGUUCACCAGACAUUCUUAUUAGUACAUGAAAUAAAGUGUAGACAAUUGGCACAUAAUCUGCAAACUGAUGCUUACUUCUUUGGGUUGUGAGGCUCUAAUUCAUAUUCAAGGAAAGGGAUUGCAUUCUUUAAAUCUUGUAAAUAUUCUAGACCAGAAGAUACCAAAGCAUUCUGCUUAUCUAGUGUAGCACUGUAUCAUCAUCCAGUGAAUAGUAAGUAUUAUUCAAAAAUCACUUGUUCAGCAGCUGCUGCUACACAUGCCUCAAUUACUCACAUAAUAAGUACACAUUUAACAGCAAUAUCUGUUUUUACUUAAACUUAGUCUUCUAUUGCUGUUAACAUUUACUUUUUUUUUAUUUUCUUUGCAGCAUCCCAGCAGCCGCAUUAGAUCUGUUUGAUCACAUGCUGGCUUUGGAUCCUAGCAAGCGCUGUACGGCAGAACAAGCCUUAUUGUGCGAGUUCCUCCGGGAUGUAGACCCUGCUAAAAUGCCACCACCAGAGUAAGUAACACUUUCCCCUCUUUCCUGAGUUUAUUAUGUGAAUGUUUUUUAUGAAUUUAGUAAUCUGAUAAUGAACUCAUAUUUUCUGUCACAUUACAAUAUGUAAUUUAACGUAUUCAUGCUACAAAACUUGUGACAUACAUCUUAAAGGGAUACUAUAGUCGCCAAAACCGCUUUAUCUUAAUGAGGCAUUUUUUUGUGUAUAGAUCAUGCAUCUGAAGUCUCACUGCUCAAUUCUCUGCCAUUUAGGAGGUAAAUCGUUUUUGUUUCUGUCCAUGCCGCUAUAGCCACACCCCAGCCUGCAUGAAGAAAAUGGUUUCAUUUUAAAUCAGAUGUUUACUUUAUCUCCUGCUCUGUAAAUUACGUUUUAAAUUACACACCGGAACAGUGGCGUGUACACAAUCCAUGGGGCCCCGGUGCGAAACUGAUCCCCCUUCUCCCCCUCCGACAUGCACAUUCAUACAAACACACGCACAGACGCAUACAUAUGCACAGGCGUAUAAAGACGCAUACAUACAAACAGACACACACACAAGACUCACAUACAUACUACAAACAGACAGGCAUACAGACAUACACGUACACAUACAUACACACAGACAGGCAUACAGACAGACACAUGCACAUACAGACAGACAUACAAAAUAUUUUAGUCACCCUCCUGUUUCCUACCUUUUAGAAGCAGGAGGGUGGUCCUUCCUCUCGCGCGGGCUCUCUGAUAGCUGGGAGGAGUGACCGGGGCAGUCACUUCCUCCCAGCAUAGAUAUCAUCACAGGGGGCCUGGUCGUGCUGUUAAAGUGCCCUGCCCGGCCCCCUAAAAAUCCAUCUCCAUCUCGUGGCCCGAUGAACCCUCUAACGGCAGCUCCGGCAAAACAUCGCGGUGGGUACAGUGUUGCAGGGGUCCGCAGGGCGGGCAGCUGCAACCCCUAUAUGUACGCCAGUGCACCGGAAGCUUUUGUAGACUAUUAAGAGUGCAGGAAUUUCUAAAUUAAACAGACUGUGCAAUAAAGGAACUGGAAAUAUUAGAUUUCUCUUUACAGGAAGUGUUUAAGAAGGCUGUGUAACUCAAAUGCAGGGAGGGGUGACUAGGGCUACAUAAACAAAGUGAUUCAACUCUUAAAUGGCAGAGAAUUGAUUAGUUAGACUGAAGAGGCAUAUAUAUAUAUAUACACAAAGACUGCUUUAUUAAACUAAAGUAAUAACUAGUGAACUUUUAAUAGUUGUGUGUGCAUUUGUUGGCCGGAUGGUUUCUGUCAUCUUCUUGUUUCUCUUGUGUGCUGGCUGUAGGGUGUGCAUGUGUUUGGUGUGUGCUGGCUGAAUGGUGUGUGUGUGUGUGUGUGUGUGCGCGCGUGUCUCUGGUAUGUGUGAUGUAUGUUGGAUCUCUUACCAAUCCAUAAGUCACAAAAGCUGUACUUUGAGUCUUGAAUGCACAAAGCACGUCCUUGAUGAUAAUCCACAUCCAUAAAUGUGUGAAUGCAAAGAAGAAAAAAUUCCCUUUGAUUACAACUUCGGCUUGUGGAAAUUUGGAGAAAUAAUUUUUAUUUUAUUUUUAUAACUUUUCAAUUAUACUAACAUUUGAUGACAUGCAUAAAACGUUGUCAAUUUAUCCAUUGACAUAAUUUGAUUAAUAUUAAAAACAAAUAGGACAUCACCGAACAUAACAAACAAACAAAAAAAGACACAGAUCGAAGAUGAAAAGUUUACCGCUUAACAUCAUGGGAGGGUAUCUCUCACUUAUCAUUUCUCAACCUGUUCCAACCACUUUUUAUACACAUUAUAUAAUGUUCUACAAAUGCCCAUCUCCAUUUUGAUUUGGUAUAUAAUUUUUAUUUUGACCUGAUUCCAGCAAAGGGCUAUGACCAGCUUCUGUCAAUCAACAUCCUGGCAGCUGCCAAGAUGUGUAUUACAAUAGUUUAAGCAGGACCAAAACAUUUUUGAAUGUUUAAUUGUAAUAAUAGAAGUCUGGGGUUGAAAUUAAGUUUUUAAAAGUAAAAUUCGAAUUUUUGUGUAUCAUUUUCCAAAAUAGUUGGACAGGUAGACAUUCCCACCAUAUAUGCAGGAAAUCACCUCUGUGAACUAGGCAUCUAAAACCUCUAUCUUAGGCGUUGGGGUAAGUCCUUGACCGCCUACUUGGGACCAGGUACCAUUUGUUUAAGAGUUUAUAGUGGAUCUCCAACAGAUUUAAGCAAUUUCAUUGACCAUUUUCAGUGAUUCUGACCAUUCCUCACACCCAAUACCAAUUUUUAGUUCUUGCUGCCAUUUUUUUUAUCACCGGUAAAAUAGGUUUGUUAGGGUCUCCCUUAAAGGACCACUAUAGUGCCAGGAAAACAUACUCGUUUUCCUGGCACUAUAGUGCCCUCCCGCCCUGCUCUGGAAAGGGGAAAAGGGUUUAAACUUACCUUUUUCCAGCGCUGGGCGGAGAGCUCUACUCCUCCGAUCCUCCUCUUCUCCUCCCCGUCGGCUGAAUGCGCACGCGUGGCAAGAGCUGCGCUCGCAUUCAGCCGGUCACAUAGGAAAGCAUUCAUAAUGCUUUCCUAUGGACGCUUGCGUGCUAUCACUGUGAAAAUCACAGUGAGAAGCACGCAAGCGCCUCUAGUGGCUGUCAAUGAGACAGCCACUAGAGGAUUAGGGGGAAGGCUUAACCCAUUCAUAAACAUAGCAGUUUCUUUGAAACUGCUAUGUUUAUGAAAAAAUGGGUUAACCCUAGCUGGACAUGGCACCCAGACCACUUCAUUAAGCUGAAGUGGUCUGGGUGCCUAGAGUGGUCCUUUAAUCAAAUCCAUACAGGCUGUAACUAGUUUAUUGAUUUUCAUACACUUAAUCAUUUUUUUUUUCUAAUUUAAUAUGUUUGACAGGUUUAUCCAUUGUUAAACUUUCUUGAAGAUAACCUUUUAUUCUAAUAUAAUUAAAGAUGUCUUUUUAUGUAAACAAAAAUCCGCAUUUAACCUGUCAUUAUCAAGUAGAUUUUCAAUUUUAGUAAGGCCAGCCUUUGUCCAAUUGCAAAGAUUUAGAUCCGCAACACUGUACAUCAGUUGAGUUAAAGGAAGACCUGAAAUAAUUUUAUCUUGGAGAUAACGGGCACCUCUAAGUUUUUCCCAUGUGUUCAAAAGAUUAUUAAAAACUAUACUUCUUGAAAAGAUCUCUGUACGAUAUUUAUUUUCUUCUUUUCUCCUUUGUCCGCCAAUAUAUUGAUCCCAACUCUUUAAUACUAUCACUAGAUUUUAUCAAGCACAUUUCAAUUACCAAAUUUCCUCUUUGACAUUAUCAAAUGGAGUAUAAAUAAUGUGCUAACAUACAAGCUUCCAGUAAUCUUUUAGCUGGGGUAAGCCUAGUUGGAGAAUUCAUGGUAAUGAUGUUUGUUUGUUUAUUUAUCAAAAAGAUAUAAAGCAAACAUAUAAAGGUAUAAUACAAACGUAAGAAACAAAUAUCGCUAUACUUUAGUGGCAUACAAUAGUCAAUUGCGACUGACCAGGUGGGUCCCCUGUGGUUAGGCCAUUAGGUUACUGUGUGGGUCCCCUUAUGUGUCCCCGUGAGGUCUUUUCUUUCUCCUCAGUCGUGGGUGUCAUCCCUGUCCCACUAUUUGUUAGGUGUCUCUCCUGUUCUAUAGUGUGGUACAUGUGCCUCCCAACCCUUGCCCUUCUUUACUUCCUCCUCUCCUUCAGUCUCUUUUUCGUCUCUUUUGUAUUCGGGUCACCCGGUUGUCUCUCAAUGCGUCCCCCGCUGUUAAUUGGCGGUGCAUGUCCGUGGACUGUCCCCUUGCAGUCAUAUUAAUGGGUUGAGAGGUCCCCCGGAUCCUGUGGUGGUUGUAGUGCCUGAUCGUGUGUUUGGUCCCUGUUUGUCACCCACUGGUGUCCUGUCUAUCUCCCCCGCUCCCCCUUCUGUGUUUCUCAUGAAGGCCAUCUCCCCCCUGUCCAUUUUGUACCCCCGCUGUGGUCCCCCUCUAUCUUGGGUAGUUAGUGCCCGUGUUUCGGACCCGGGUGGGUACGGUGGCAGCUCAUGUGGGGAAUGUAGAGCCCUACAGUCAGGUGCGGCCCGCCCGUGACACAUAUGGAGUGAGGCCAUAAACAAUCAAGACAUUUUGGUAUGACACGUUUGCAGCUCCUGCAGGGCUGAGAAUGCCCGAUUAGGUAACACUCCCUGACAGCACAUGUAGAGUGAGGAAUAUAUCAGUUAGCAUAGCUCUCUAGCUACUCGCUUAGGGUUAGGAAUUCACAAUUUGGUACAACAUGACAUCGCUUUGUGUAAAUUUAAGACACUUUUUGGUACCACAUAAUAGCGGCUUUUGUGGGGUUGAUUAAAAACAGGUUGGGACAACCCUCGGACCGCUCAUAUAGAGUGAAUGGUAUGCAUGUUAGUAUAACAUUCUCGCAGCUCGCCUAAAGUUAAAAAAUAAACAGUUUAGAGUAGUAUGUUAUCUUCUUUGGGGCCACCCUUGUACAGCUGGUGCAGAGUUAAAGAUAUGCAUAUUGGUAUAGCUCUCUUGCCUAGAAUUUAACGUGAACAGUUUAAAGUAACUCUUUGGUGGCUCGUGUGGAGUUUAAAGAAAAAAGGAAAAAACUAUAUGGUAUAACCUUGUAACAUCUCUUAUAAAGUUUAAGAUCUGGUGACCUGUAAUGUCUCAUGUAGAGUUUAAAGUCUCGCAGUCUGGAGGUUUGCGGUAGCAGUUCAUAUGGGGUAAGGGCAGUCCUUUCGGCUGCGAUCUCUCUUCAGGGCUAGCCGCACUAUGGAGGUUGCUUUUGUGUAGAUCGCCGUUCCGCCCCCGCCAUGCCAGUUUUUUUCUCUCCUCUCAGUGGUGAGUUUCUCCUUGGGGUGAGCUCAGUUCGCUCCUAGUGGAUUGGGCUGCAGCUGCGAUAACUGAAGUCACCUCAGAAGGUCCGUGGGGUCAUCUGUGACGGAGAGCUAAAGCACCGCUUCCCCGUGUGACACCACCAAGGUACCCAACACUCCCCACCAGUACCUGAUUCUGUGGUCUCUGAGCAGUUUAGUGGUCGGCAUGAAUUUGCGUCUCUCCAACAGGAAUGCAAACGGUAAGUCGUCGAAGAUUCUGACUUGGCAGAUAUCCACCUCUGUGUGGGGUGUAUUCCGUGAGCGGGUCAGGAUCGCCAUUUUCACCUUUCGGAUCCGGAAUGCCAUCGCCAUAGGCGGCAGCCCUCCCUCUCACCUCCAUCACUGUAGCCAGUUUGUUAGUGAACUCCAGCACCGCUUCAGGCCCCACUGUUUCGGGCACCCCACGGAUGCGUAUAUUUUUCUUGUGGUGUCUAGCCUGCAUGGCCGUGACGGUGCGGGUGAGUCGCUGGAGCUGCUGGGAGAGGUCCUCUACAUUAGCUCGGGUCUCUGCGAGGGUGUUAUUACGUUCCUCGUCUCGGGUCUCUACUGCUCCAAUGCGGGCCUUGAUGCCGCCUAGUUCUCCAUGGACCUCAUCCAGGUCCAUCUUCCAGAUUCCUCUGAGUUCGAGCAGGAGCCUUUUGAUAUCCCUUUUUGGUAGGGGGUGAUGUAUCUGAAUCAGUCAUCUCUCCUGUAGAUUCUGGUGCCUCCUCGUCCGGGGACAUCUGACUCACUGGAGCCUCGAGGCCUGCUAGGCGCCAUCUUAGGCUGUGCCGGCUGUUGCGGCCUAUCGAACGACCACCUAAUGUCUGGCAUUUUGGAAGCCUCAGAAGCCAGCAAUUUUCUAUGUUUGCGCCCCAUCUCUCUUUUGGGGGGUUCAGGGUUGCCAGGAGCCUCGUUGUGGCCUUUUGAUGAUUUUUUUUAUUUAUUUAUUUUUUAUUUUACAGGAGCUCCCUGUACACACGUCUGCUUAGAUGCUCAGCUAGCCAGUAAUGAUGUUAUUUUGCUGUAGCAGAAUAUCAUAAAGUAAAAUAAGUUAAGGAUUCGCUCAAAUUACCUGAACAACUUUGCGUCAUUGGUAUGAUUAUGGCCAGGGAGUGCACUCUGAUCCUAGUCUACCUACCCAAAGAAGCUUAUAACUGCAUACAUUUGCAACAAAAAAAAUACUGCAGGAGGCUGCCUCUUGGAUCACUGAAAUUAAAGUCUGCCUUUGCUGCAUGGAACACAUUUCUGUACAGUUCUGGAGAGACCCUGAACUGCUUUGUGCACAUGUGCAACAUGCAGCCUUGGAGAUUACUGCACAUAGCCUGGUUUACAAAACUGUGGGCUGAUCGCAACUUAUUCAGUAUUUCCAAUCCUCCUGUGUGACAUUUGUUUGCUUGUUUUUUUUUGUUUUUUUUUCUUCUUACAGCAUUGGGAAUAUGGGAUAAUAAAAAAAAAAAAGACAUGAAAGCAGCCUUCUAUGGUCAUUUAAAAAUCUAUUUCACUGAUACUUAAGCCUUUCUUGUACACUCCCAACAUUCUAAGUUAAUCGUGCUCAAAAGGUACAUCUCCAGAUAUUUUAAAAUGCAUUAACACCAUUAACAUUAUAGGCACCCAGACCUGGUUUUGCUGGCUUCCUAUAGCGGUCUGGGUGUAGUGUCCCGAUUGCACUUCGUGUUCACAUUGCAACACUAAGACAGCUUCUAGUGGUUUUCUACCAGACAGCCACUAAAGGAGCUUCCGGAAUGUUAACAGACUUUUGGUCUGGUAACUGAUGCUGGACGUUCUCACACACUGCAUAGGAAGCUAUAGCGGUAGGAACACAGCUUUGUAUUCCUGGCACUAUAGUAUCCCUUUAAGCUUUGCCAUUCUAAAGGCUGGUAGACCAUCAUGGGAGUUGUAGUUCUACAAUAUUUACAUUUUGGGCACCCAUGUUCUAAAUAGUUUACACCACAUGUAGCCUACAUUUCAGAGGAACAUUGUAACAUUUUUCCCUUUCUUUUGCAGUCUUCCCCUUUGGCAAGAUUGCCAUGAAUUAUGGAGUAAAAAACGCAGACGGCAAAAGCAAAUGGGAAUGAGUGAUGAUGCAACCGCACCCAAAGUACCCCGUAAAGACUUGUCUUUAAGCAUGGAUGACAGUAGAAAUAACACACCCCAAGGAAUGCAGACAUCUUCACAGAUAAAAACUCAGGGAUUUCCUAGUCUUGGAUUAGGUGAGUAUACAAAGCUGCAGUAUGUGUAAUAUUGGAUACACCGAUUUAUUGAUAUACUUCAUUAUUUUUAAAGAAAAAGAUAAAUGUUAAUUGUCUAGUAUAUAUUAAGAUCUCAAGUUAGAAGGUGACUUUUGCAAGCUUACUAUGUCAGUCUGGCUUCAUCUGUGAAAUAUGGUAAUGCAAUUAAAGUAGGUUAGGUAUCAGUUCUUCAUUUGAAAGAUUUUUCAGCAUUCACACUUCACAAGUACGUUUUCCAAAUAAAAAGCAAACCUACACUAUAGGUGUGUCCGUGCAUAGUGCACAUAUGAUAAAACUCACAUUUAAAGGGACACUCCAGGCACCCAGACCACUUCUGCCCAUUGGAGUGGUCUGGGUGCCAACUCCCACUACCCUUAACCCUGCAACUGUAAUUAUUGCAGUUUCAAUAAACUGCAAUAAUUACCCUGCAGGGUUAAGGCCUCCCCUAGUGGCGGUCUACUAGACAGCCACUAGAGGGCGCUUCCGGGAUCAUAGCACAUUAUCUGUGCUAUAGCGUCGCUGGACAUCCUCACGCUGUGUGAGGACCUCCAGCGUCGCUAAAUUCCCCAUAGGAAAGCAUUGCUUUCCUAUGGAGAGGUUUAAUGCACAUGCACAUGCGCAUUAGGUCUCCCCAUCCGGUGGGGGGGGAUCAGUCUCCCCCGCCGCCUGACGUAAUGGAGAGGAGCGGCGGCAGAGGAAGAAGCAGCGAUGUGGGACAUGUCUCUGCCUCUGGUAAGUGACUGAAGGGGUUUUCACCCCUUCAGCAACCGGGGAUGGGAGGUGGGAGGGAGAGUGGACCUGCAGUGCCAGGAAAACUGAUUGUUCUCCUGGCACUGGAGAGUCCCUUUAAGGAAUAAAAAGUCAAGUUGACAAUUCUUGUGUUGACAAACUAAUGGAGUUUGUGAUGUUUAAAUUGUCUUCAACUAAAUAUUGGGUACAAAUUAUAUAUUUGUUAACUUGGGCUUUUUCCAAAGAAACUUCUGUUAAUAGAUGUUUGGUACAUCUCUACACUUGAACGUCACAAUAAUGUAAAACACUGCUUAACUUUUAAAAGUCUUAUUUGAUUUAUUUUAGGUAACCUAGGUGCUGGUCAUCAGCUUAGCCAGAGUGAAGUGGCCAUCUUAUUGAAUCUACUGCAGUCUCAAGCCAGUGUCAACAUGGCACAUUGUGUACAGCAGUUGAACAUUAAGUUGAAUCCUGAAGCUCAACAACAGUUGAACAAUGUAACUCUCCCUGCUGGAAUCGUAGCUGCGGCUACCAAGCAGCCAGAACAAAAAGAAGAACCCCUUCCUCAAGUUCCAACAACUCAGCCUGAGCUGCCAUCCUUUCCACAAUUACCAAAACUCAAGGCAGAUGGUGCUCCACCAGCUGUGCAGAAUGCACUGGCUCUUUUUUUGUCUCAGCUAGUGAAAGACAAAGAACCUAAGACAAGUGAUGGUGCAAGAGAAGAUGAAAUUGAAGAGAAGUUGGACAAUGAGAGUUCACAGCCCAAGAGACCUCCAAGUCCCUCACCAAAUGGUAAGCGAAGAGGAUUUUUUUUUCCACUUCGUUAUGCAUAAAAUCUUUUCUAAACAUAUGCCAUAAAACAGGCUUCCUCUAGAUGUUGCUGAACUACAACUGCUAUGAUUCAAUGAAUGAAAUAGGCUGAUAAUCAUGGGAGUUGUAGUUCAGCAACAUCUGGAGUUUGGGGAAGCCUGCCAUAAAACAAUGUUUGAAUAGGGUAGUACUACUUCUUUCUUGUAUUCACAGUUACAUACAUAGAUUCGAUCUCCACAAAAAAACAUACCUUAUAUACUGAAAAAAGCCUACAGAUGGUUUUUGUUUUAGUUUUUAAUGUUUUUCUUUUGAUAUAAAAACCAUACAAUCUACAAAAAUAAGGGAUAAUGCUGCUUACUGUAACAUGUUUUGUUUUUCUUUUCUGCUUUUCAGUCUCUAGCUUUUUAUUAUAUUGUGACAUUUAACUACUUAACUUCGACACACACAGUAAACUUUAUGGCUGAUGAGUCAAAGUUCACCCUACAAACUACUGUAUGAUAACUACCUGUUCCCCCUAUCGACAGUGUUAAUAAAGCUCCUACAGCCAUGGGUCUCUCCAAUCGUUUACAGCAGUAGACUACAAUCUUGACAAACUUUGGGCAAAACAUCAGCUCCAUGAUGAAUCAUGUACAAAAUAAGACAAUAUAUUGUGGCGUUUUGAGAAUUUUUAUGGCAAAAGUAGCAAUAAUAUAAAAAAAAUAAACCUAAAUCAAAUGCAUUGCAUUUUAGUGGUUAAUAUUUUGUAUGUCAUACUAGUUUAUCCUAUUUCUGUUAAGAUUCAUCAAGCACUGCUUUAUCUGAACCUGGCUAAGGUUAGAGAAAACAGUAGAGUCAAAUUAGAGACAAGUCUGUAUUAGCCUUUUAAUGCUGUAGAGUCAAAUUAGAAACAAGACUGUAUCAGAAAUCAGAUCUGCUGUUUGACUGAUUGAAAAGAAGAAUGGCAAGUUUCAACUCUAUAUAACUUCUCCAGAAAACUAGCGAACUACAAUAAAGGGGAGUUAUUAAAGUCAAAAGAUAUAUUGGUGGUGGUUUAUUUUUAUUUUUUUUCCUCCUCAUCAUGAUUAAAGGAACACGUCAGGCACCAAAACAACUUAAUUGGAAUGAAGUUGCUAUGGUAUCCUGAGGUCCCUGGCACCAGAGUACAUUUAGGAGAUUAACCCCAAAGUUCAGUAUCCAGUGCUUGAUCAUUCUGUCACCUGUCCUUCCGCUGCUCAAAAUCUUGAAAUUAGGAAUCUUCGGCUAGGGUCACCACCAUUGACGUUCUAAGCCAAUCAGUAGCUCUGAUUGUAUGUAUGUAUGUUUCUCAAGCUGUUUUGUGAAUGUGGAGCUACUGAUUGGUUUAUAUCAGUGGUUACCAAACCAGUCCUCUCACGGCCCACCAAUAGUCCAGGUUUUGUCAGUGUCUCCAUUGUAAUAUAACUGGGAAAUACAUGAAUCGUAGAUUGUUGGUGGGCGAUGAGGACUGGUUUGGGAACCAUGGGUAUAGAGCAUCAGCUGACCCUUCAGCCAAUUGACAGCACCUCUGGCCAAGGCUUCCUCUUUCAGGAUUUUGAAUAGCGUAAGGAUGUGGCAGAGUGAUCAUAUUCUUUGUGAACUCCAGUGGUGUGUUGACGGGGAUAUUUAACCAGAUGUUUUGUCAGUGAAUUGCUGAUAAAAUUCUAUGAAGUCUCUAUAUAUAGCCUAACAAACCUACAGUUCCAGCAUACCAAAUUUUGCAGUGUUUUUAAAACUCUUUAAAACAAAUUUCUUUGUAUAUUUUGCAUUAAAACUGCCAAAAUGAAAAUUUUGACGUUAAUAAAAUUUUCGGGGAUAUUAGUAGAAAUUUAUUUCAUUUUACGUAUAGUUUAUAAAACCAAACCAUACUUGUUCGUUGGAAAAGAAAAUGUAAUAUGAAUUAGUGCAUAAGUCACUAAUGCAAGGACCUCUAAGGUGCUACUGCUUCUUGUUACAAUGUGUAUCAAAUAAAUUUUUUUGCUGAAAAAUCUUAAAGAUUUAGUUUGGGCAUAUUUAAAUAUAUUUAAUGCUAUGUUGUUCCUCUUUUUGAACACAUUGUACCGGCAGUUAGCUAACUUGUCCUUUACUUAUUGUAUUGCUUUGUACCAUUAUUGAAUAUAUAAAUAUAUAUUCGAUCUACAUCAACACUUAGAGGUGUAUGUGUAUAUAGCUUAUUUAGUGAAAAAAUAGAUUUUUCAGGUCCUUAGUGAUCAAAGAGAAAGGCAACUAAAAUUCACAAUUUGACAAUAAUUUUAUGGCUACUUUAUUAAAACGGGAAUUGCAAUUUUUAGACCAAAGGUUAGCCAACUUGGAAAAAUUGUCCUGCUUUACGAUUUUCUUUUAAAACUAGUAACCUGUGUUUGGAAAAUAGAACUAGAUAAAAAAAAUUUUUUUGUUUCCUGGGUGUGACGUAGGGUGUUGGCAAUAUUAAAAGGAGCUAAAUAUGAAGGCAAUAUGACUCCUACACCUUAUGAAAAUGCAGCAGUUAAAUAUUUUCUAACAGUCCUGUUUUUAGAGUUGUUGACCUGUAGACUGGAGAGACACACAGGGUUAUUCACUGAACUCUGAAUUAUCAUAAAACGGAGGCAAAAAUAGCCAAGUUGUUACUAUGGCUGAGUUUGAGAAUGUUUCUCCUUUUUGCUGUUUACGUGUAAUUUGUGUAAAAAAAAAAAAAAAAAAGUUUAGUGAAUAACUGUUGGUUUGUAAACUGAGGAAAGUAAGGAAAAAUUUCACCAAAGAAUAGAUCUAUGUACAGUCAGCUUAUGGACGAUUCUGUAAUCCAACUAGCUGAUGGAAUCAAAAAACAGCCAUAAGAUUGUCUUCAGCCAUGAAUCCUUCAAGUUCAGUUCAAGGUCUGUUCUCAGACCAUGGUGGCUCAGGAAGACCCUGGCCUUCUUUGCUGUUUGGUUACAGACAAUCGCUUUUGUUACAAUUCUUCUAAGUUUGUUUUGAUUUACCGAACUUUAAAUGCCUUAUUUCAUUUUUGUAUUAGAUGAAAAUGACUUGGAAGACAGCUGUAAUCCACACCUCCAAUCUCCACACAUCUUGCCACCAGAUCAGCGCCCUCCAGAACCACCUGAGCCCCCUCCAGCCUGUGUGGAAGAUCUUGAUUACAGAACAGAAAGCCAACAUGUACACAAUGCUAGCAUAGCUGCUGGUGAACAACAUGCAAAAGUAAAAGCACCAUUGCAUAAUAUCGUUCAACAUCAAUCUCAGGAAGAAGACACAGGUGGUACAAGUUUCCCAGUUAGAACACCAUUUGUCAAGGCAGCAGAGUGCACUGAAAAAUUUGGAUCAUCUUUCCUCCAAACCUCUUUCAAUAAUGAUAGAGCUGGCAAUAUUUCCACCAGUAUUUUAGAAAGGCAUCCGGAUAACCAGCCUUUAAAUAACUACAGUACUCCAUCUCAGACUAGCAACAGGCUAAUGGCCCCUUCAGCUUUUCCAGAGCCUUUCUGUAACACUGCCACUGGAUACCAGGACAGCUACCUCAGUGCUGAUUCCAUGUUGUUCAGUGGUGACAAGGACCAUAGGUUUGAAUACAACCGCAGCCCUACUGUUCUUCUGAGAAAUAAUGAUUGCUCUACUCGAUUGGACAAUAGUCAUUCAUUGCCAACAAAGAUGCAUAAUUUUAGCUACAGCACUAACCUACCAGAACACAUUGGUAUGUCUGAUCAUAUGCAUGGUCAUGCGUGGACAUCCCCUCUACAGGGACCUGCUUUUCCUCAAGGACAUCGGGGUCAUAUGGGCACAUAUGUCAGAGGUCAAGGUCGGGGCUUACCAUUCUGAGUUAUUUUUUUUGUUUUGUUUUUUUUCUUUCUUUUUUUUUUUUUUUUUCUUCCCUCAGGCAAAAAAUUUCUAUGUGGAAUGACUUCUGACUUUUCAGUGUAGCUGCAUUUUACAGCAGCUCUCUAUAAGAUAUCAACAAUAAUUCAGCAGCUUUAUUUUUACGUGGAAAUUGUCUUGAAAUAUAGUAAAUUGAGGGGAGGAUAGUAACUGCAAUUCAUUAUGUGUUUUGAAAACUAGAAAGCUAAUUUACAUAAUGACAAAUACUAGUAAACAAAAAUCUUUAUUUUGUACUUUAAAGUUUUAUGUUAAAUAUUAAUUUCAAGGGCAUCCUCUGGUAUAUUUUCCCCUGGCACAUGCAAGAAUUUUGAAGAACUUUGCAUAUUUGUGAGGUUUUUUUUGGUUUGUUUUUUUUGUACUUUUGGACCAAUCUUUGGACAAAAAUAAGGAAAUUACGCUCCGAUAACUUUUGGUAUAUGUUUAUUUGUAUAAAAUAAAUUUAAAAAAAUAUAUAUAACUACCUUUUUUUUCAGUCAUAGGCCACUGUCAAUCUUUACACAGCUUUUGAUGUCAUUGUGGAAACUGUACCUUGUGCUCAUUUCAUACAAAAAACAUUUUCCUCCCCUUAUGAUUCAAACGUUUUAUCAACUGUUUUUUUCUCUUUUAAACCUAAGGAAAUAAAUGUUGAUCAAAACGAUUAACUGCCUCAUUAAGUGUCUGAUUUUAUAUUUAUUUUGUUUUUUUAAAGCAAUUACAUUUCAUUUUUGAAGAGGUGAUUUGUUGGGUAGUGAAAACUUCUUAUUCUAUUUCAGUAAUCUCAAACCUUAUGAUUUUUAAUAUAGUAGAUGGGAUGAUUAAAUGGAAACUAUGGAUUUUAAAUGCUACAUAUACUCCACAUAUUUAAAGGAAUAUUACAGCGUUGGCAAUACAAACCUAUACAUUACACAUAUUUAGGUUGCUCUCCCAGGUAAUGGUUUAAACCAGUGUGGUUGUGAAAUUUGGUAAGUCUUGAGCUGCAUUACUUAUUAUGUCAAGUCAUCAUAUGUCUUCUUACUGUGCACUUCUGGAUUUCAAGAUCGGUUUGUGUGCUCUGGGAACAUCAUUGGUAAGUAUUACUAUCUUAUACUUAUAAAAUUUGUAUAUUGUAAUCCUUUUUUUUAAAAUUGGUAAUUGAUACCUAUUUUUUACCGCUGCACAUGCACAAGAGCCUCCCAAUGCAUUCCUAUGGGAAAACAUUGGAUUGGCUGAGAUCAAUUCUGAUGAUCUCCACCAAGGAGUCGGAUUGGGAGUGGAGCAAGCACAAGUGUACCCGCACAGCACUGUAAUUAAGGUUAGAGGGUUGGUGAGAUUGCAGCUGCUGAACGGAGGAAACAUUUGUGUUCAAGGAAACUUCUAAACCGAACUAGGAGGAACUGUCCUAAGGGAAAUCGUGAGUUUGUCACGGGAGGUUAACUCUAGAACAGGGUCUCUGACUUGGACCAUAGUCGGUGGGCAGGAGGCCAGCUUCCACACUCCUCUAAUAGUUCAUGGCAAAUGUCCAUGUUAGAGGGCGUUUGUCACACUCUAGAUACGCUAUCAUUAUUGUGGUUGCAGGGUGAUAAGGAAACCUCUAAUAGAUCCUCUGAACCAAUACCGAGGGAAAUUACCAGUUUAUUUAUUGCAGCAAGGCAGCCUAACAGUCAUCAGGAAUCAUAUUUAAACGCUGAAGAAUACGAGGGAUAGCAAGCUCCUGAGAAAGUCUCCCGAGAUGAAAUGAGUUGAGCAGAGUGAGGUGUAUAAACUAAUCCCGAGGUCCGGUUGCAGCAGUGGAGUUCCAAGCCUGGGCCCAAGAACAUCUUUAAAGUGUGGACUAAGCUACAUUGGAUAGAUUUGGUGGGAUUGUGCCUUUUGGUACUAUGCGUUUUUGCACAUUCAUUUAAGUACAUGCCAUGUUCUCCAUGUGAGUGAAUUUAUUUGUUUAUGCAUUAAUUCUUUGUUAAAGGUUACACUAUUAUAUGUUUUCUUUUCUCUUUCAUGAGGACUUAUCGAAGUUGGUAAUUAUAAGAGCACAGUAGUGACUGUGGCGCCUUGAUCUCCUUGGUCUUUUACGUAUUUUUAAUAGGAGAUUUGGUGCAGACCAUAGGAUACUCUAUAAAAUGACAACAGCAUAGUAAGAGCGGAUGUGAAUAACAGUAAAUUAGAAGUUUUACUUUGAAAACCUGAGUUAUUAGGACCUCUGUUAUUUUUUAUCCCUUUUGGUAUUAUCUGUUGUUGGUGUAACUAAAAUGCACUGUGACUAUUUUUUGCUCAUAAUAAAUAUUCCUUUAUUAAGUUCUGCCUUUGUCUGGUAAAGAAUCACAUUACCUGAAGAGACUAAUUAGUGCUUUGCAAUUGCUUAAAUAUUGUGCCAAGUUAUAUUGGGUGUUUUUUUUUUUUCUUUUUUGACAUUCUUUAUUUGUAUGUAGUAAGGUUACAAUACAGGUCAAAUCAUAUCAAAAGACACGGUAUAACAGGUUUCGUAAGGCCCCUAAACCUUAUGCCCAACAAUAUUUGUAGGGUUUAUUCCUAGGUUUCCCCCCCUCUCCACCCCCCCGCCGUAUUAGCUCCCUCCCCCCCACCAACCCCCCCCAUCCCCACCAGUCUUGAUCAGGCCUCAUUUCUCCGUUUCUUAGGCCUAGUGAUCUUAGUAGACUUUUAUGUUGGACCUGCCUUUUAGAGGGGAACACCAUUCCCCGACCAACCCCGAGCCUAUUUGCCUUAUAGAGUGGGCCGGGACCGCUGUGGCUUGCCUUUCGUCCGGCGUUUAGCAAGUGUUCCACCAUGUGCGUGGGCAUAUAUUGUAGUUGGCGAGGUGCAGGACCUUGUUUGGCUUGCAGUGGGAGUGAAGCUCCUCUGGCUCGCGCAGGGGGUGGUGGUCCCCUGGGUCCAGAUGCGGUCCCCGCGAGCCCCCCCUCGGUGGUAUUCUGUGUCGUUCGGGUGUAAUGCCCGGGGUCCGGCACCCCCCCCCCUCUGAUGAGUUGUUAAAUUUAACCAUGGCCGGGCUGUCUCCGGCCUGCCUGCUAUCUGUGGCUGUCAUGUGUUUACUCCAGUCAAGGUCCCCUUUCCUCCCCUGUCGGUCACCUUCGCUUCGUCGUUGAGGCAUGUGGAGAGAGAGAGAGAGAGAGUGAGAGAAGAAGAGGAAGAAGAGAGGAGGGAAAAAAAAAAAACGGGGGGGAAGGGAGGGGAAGGUCCCGCGCGGCCGCAGUCCAACCUCCUCCCACGCUACUCCGCCUCCUCGUCUGGCCUCAGACGGUCCGCCCUCGGCCGCCCCCACCUCCGGUCCGAGCUGUAGGAGAUCCACGGUGUCCACAGGCGAGUGCAGCGGUCUUGCGUGCCCCUGAGUUCUGCCGUAAGAAUUUCCAUGUUAUAAAGUUCAUCGACUUUUUCUACCCACUGAGUAAUGUUUGGGACAACUGGCGAUUUCCAUCUGGCGGGGAUGAGGCUUUUGGCUGCGUAAGAAAGUGUCUGAUAAGGGUUUUCUUGUAACGCCCCAGGGGUAUCUGAGUGUGGUUUAAAAGCAUAGGGAGGGGCUCCAUGGGGAUGUCUUCCCCCAGGAUGUCCACCACUUUGUCAUGGAUCUGUUGCCAGAAGGGGGCUAUCCGAGGGCAAGACCACCACAGGUGUAAUGCCGUCCCUUCGGCGAUGUCACAUCUCCAACACUUGUUGUCGGGGGUGACCCCCAUGGCAUGGAGUCGUACGGGGGUCCGGUACCAGUGCGUCAAUAGUUUAUAAUGAAGUUCCUGCAUUUUAGAACUAAGUAUCCCCUGGUGGGACAGAACAUGUAUUUGCUCCCAUUGUGGUUCCGUUAAGGUGACGCCUGUGGCUUGUUCCCACUUUGAGUGGAAGUGUGCCGGGGGACCCGCAUCGGCACCCAGGAGCAUGGCAUAUAGGGUCGAUAUCCCGCGUGUCGGGUGCGAUCCCCCUUCACAUAGCGUUUCAAAGUGUGUGAGGUCUCGGUGGAUCAAGUGUUUCCCCUGAAGUGUGGCAUAGUACCGGCGUAUCUGGUGGUACCUAAAUCGUAAGAUCCCUGUCUCCCUACUCUGGCCCAGCAUGUCUUCCAGCGGCCUUAGGGCUUUAUUAGCACACCAUGCCCGAAGGUAUUGUUUCGUCCCCUCCCCCAGUCCCUCAAUAUCCCCCUGUGUCAGGCCUCCCGCCAGGUCUGGGUUGUGUAUCACAGGUGUCAGGGGGGCCGGGUUCGUGGUGAGCUGCAGCUUGAAACGGAUGGUUGUCCAUGUUCUCAGUGUCGCUCCUAUGAAUGGGUGGUUCCGCAGGAAACCAUCGCAUGUCGGGUUUUGUAUCCAUACCAUCGAUGGAAUACGCCCCCUGGCCUGAAGCCGCUCCAUAUGGACCCAUUGUUUGUCCGAGUCCAGGACAUGCCAUUCUAUAAUUCGUAAGAGGUGUGUCGCUUGGUAGUAACCGAGUAGGGACGGUAGGGCUGUUCCACCACGAUGUCUCGGGAGUAUCAGUUGUGUCUUUCUUACCCUCGGCGGUCCCUUCGCCCAGACGAAUCGCAGUAUAGCCGAGCCCAAGGUGUUGAAGUAUGUUCGCGGGAUCGCGAUUGGAAUGGCCUGGAAAAGAUACAGCAAGCGUGGCAACAGAUUCAUCUUUAUUGUGUUGAUCCUCCCAAACCACGACACGCAUAGGCGUCCCCAUCUGAGCAAGUCCACACGGAGCGUUUGGAGAAUCGGGAGAAAGUUUUCUUGAUAGAGUUUCGUCAGGUCUCUAGUUAACCAGAUCCCGAGAUAUUUUAUGCGCUGGUGGCACCAUUUAAAGGGGAAUUCUCCUGUCAGCCGUUCGACCAACUCGGGGGGUAUAGAGAUGGGGAGGGCCUCUGACUUGUCCGUGUUCAAUUUGAAGUUAGAGAUCCGUCCGAACCGCUCAAAGGCCGCCAACAGGUUGGGCAAGGUGAUCAAAGGGUUGCUCACGAAGAAAAGGAGGUCGUCCGCGUAGGCCGCCACCUUGUGCGUGCCGUCCCCCAGGUUGACCCCCGCAAUGCCCCCGUCCUGUCUGACCGCCUCAAGAAAUGGCUCCAGAGAGAGGGCAAACAGGAGGGGGGAAAGCGGACAUCCCUGGCGUGUCCCGUUACGUAUCCGAAUCGGUGUGGACAGGACCCCAUUAAUGCGUAGUUGAGCAGUCGGUUCCGCAUAUAGCGCGGAGAUCCACUGCAGUAUAUUCGGUCCGAACCCCAUUGCCUUAAGUGUUUCUAGGAGGUAUCGCCAGUCCACCCGGUCGAAGGCCUUCUCCGCGUCAGUGGAGAGGAGCAGGCCCCCGACCGGCGAGUUCCGUUGCAUGUGCAUGAUGUUUAGCGCUCUGAUUGUGUUAUCUUUGGCUUCUCGACCGGGUAUGAAUCCGGUCUGGUCCGGGUGGAUCAAGGAUGGGACUAUGCGGCCCACUCGCGCCGCCAGGACCUUCGUAAACAGCUUGAGGUCUGCGUUUAGUAGAGAAAUGGGUCUAUAGCUCGCACAGGCCGCCGGGUCUCUUCCCUCUUUCGGGAUAACCGCGAUCGUUGCCAGUAGGGUGUCCCCCGGUAGGCGUGCCCCCUCAAGGAGAGAGUUCAUGCCCGCCAGCAAUUCUGGUAGGAGGACAUCCCCAAAGGCCUUGAGGUAUCUGGCGGGGAGGCCGUCCGGUCCCGGGGCUUUAAGUUGUGUGUUCUUCAGGGCUGCCGUCAGUUCCUCGAUCGUAAUGGGGGCAUCAAGGUCUUCCCUUUGUUCUUGCGUGAGAGUCCGGUGUACGUGGUUUUCCAGGUACUCCCUCGUCAGUCUCGCCGUCCUUUCCCGGCCCGUGCUUGUCUCAUCUUUCUGGAUAUCGUAUAGGCCGGUGUAGAAGUUCCGGAAUUCCUCGACUAUUUUGUCUGGUACCUGCGUGAGGGCGCCGCUCUUUGUCCGCAGCUUAGUGAUCUGGUUCACGCGGCGUUGUUGUCUCAGCAUUCUGGCUAGCAUACGACCGCAUUUGUUGGAGUGUUCAUAGUAAUAGCGAUGGGCUUUUUUCAUCGUGUAGGCGAGGUUUUUCGUGAGCAGAUGUUGUAGGUCUCGGCGGGCCUCUCGGAGCGCAUGGUACGCCUCUUCCGUCGGUGCGGCUUUGUGGUCUUGUUCUAAGCUGGCGACUUUCGUAUAUAGCUCUUGUAGCUGCCUACUGUGUUCUUUCUUCCGCGUUGUACAUACCUUGAUGAAAUGUCCCCGAAUGACGCACUUAUGGGCCUCCCACCGAAUCAUUGGGGAGGUGUCAGACGGAUCGUUCUCAUUGAAGUAAUGACGGAGCGCUGUCGUAGCGUCCGCUAUGGUGACCGGGUCGCUAAGUAGUUGUUCAUUCAGUUUCCAUUGGCGUCUUGUGGGUUUAUGCAGAGGCGAGGUCAGCUGGGCCAGUACCGGCGAGUGGUCCGACCAAGCGUCCAGUAGGAUUUCACAUUUUUGUAAUAGAUUCAGGUAUUCUUGUGCAAUAAAGACAUAGUCUAAGCGGCUGUAGCCGCGGUGCACCGGGGAGAAGUAUGUAAAAUCCUUGGCCUCUGGGUGCAUGACUCUCCAGCAAUCCGCAAGGCUAGCCGUUCUGAGUGCCAAUUGUGUCGCUUUGAUGCUUGCGUCCGGCAGCGAGCACCGUCCCCGGGAGGUGUCCGUCCGCGGAUCCAAUGGUAUGUUGAGGUCCCCGGUUAGAAUUAGGAGCCCCUCCCUGAAGUGUUCCAGCGAUUUUAGGGUUCUGGUGAGAAAACUGUGUUGGGCGCAUAUAUGGAGGCAAAGGUGUAGCGCCUGUCUGCAAUGGAGCCCUUGAGGAAGAUGUAGCGUCCCAGUGGGUCGGCCUUGAUCUCCGCACACACGAAGGGGACAUGCGUGGCGAAGAGAAUGGCCACUCCUGCCUUCUUGGCUUCCCUAUGGUUAGCAAAAUAUCCAGUGGGGAACCGUCGGUCUCGGAGGGCCGGUCCUGUCUGUCCGCGGAAGUGUGUCUCCUGGAUGAAGGCCACAGAGAUUCUAUUGGACCAAAGUGCCCGUAGUAAAUGUGAUCUCCGUUCCGGCAGGUUCAGGCCCCGGACGUUGUUGGACCAGAUGCGCAGAGGAGCCGGGGCGAACCCCUCUCGGCCCCGGGAGGUCAUGAGAGCUGGUGCCGCCGCGCAGGGGCGGGGGGCGAGGUGUCAGGGGCGGGAAAAAAGAAGGGAAAAAAAAAAGGGGGGGGAGGUGGUCGUAGGUAGAGGGUCGUCAGUAGACCUGUUAUAGAAUAACAGAAAGAGUUAAACAAGGUGAGAACUAUGUACAGUGUCAGACUCAGCUGUCUAGGUCGGUGAGUCAGUAAGGGGUGGACUGUCCCACGUAAAUAUGUCCCCCCUUGUCGCUCCCCCCUAGUGUGUUAUACAGUAUGUCUGUGGGUACGUGAGCGUCCGCAGGCGCAGGACUGUGAAGGUGGGUCUAAGAGUCGUCACUGUCAGCUCCCCCUUAGCCCGUGCUGUCCCGCAGUAGUCCUCCUCUUUCCGGAGGCUAUACCUCGGUGCCUGGUCAUGCCCCUGUCCCAUCCCCCAGGUGGACCCCCCCCCAGGGUGGCAGUGCAAUUGAUAUCCGCGUAUCGCGGCUGCCGUUUCCAGCGUACCGUGGCAGCCCAGCUACCCAAGCAGACCCUAUGCCCCUCUCGCCUCUGGCAGACUUUACUCGUUUGGCGUCCCGCCCCCCCCCAUCCCCGUGACCCCAGGCCACCGCUCCGGUGCGGGCUAAAGGCCCUUCUCCCCCUGUCUCUUUGCUUUCCUUCCCCGUCUCGCCCCUGGCUCAGGGUGUGUGCUCUAUGGGCUGGUGUUGAGUGGGCUCGGUAGUGCAGAGGCCAUCCCUCCUCACAUCCCCGUGGAGGACAUUUACUCGUCUCCCUCACGUCUCGCAUGGGUGCAGUGGGGAGCUGCGGGGCUUCCCGCCUCCCCUCCAACCCAGUAUGGGGGGGCAGGUUGCUAAGUGUCCCGAGAGAAAUGCAGGUCCGCUCCGUGCUCUCCCCUCCCCCCACCUCGUAGCCAUCAGUCCCCCAGGACCUUGCCCAUGUCCUCCCCCACUUCCAGGGUGCAGUCCUCGAUUCCCUCCCCCAGUGCCCUCCCAAAGCCCAGUGAGCCCCCUACGACUCCUUGAGCCUAAACUUUACCAGUGUAGCAAGUCCAGGGGCAAAAUGGCGGGCCAGUCCCAACUCCAGGAGCGGCAGUCCGGGCCCCGGCAGGGGAAGAAGCGACACCCCAUGUCCAUGAACUCCCUUUCAGGUUGGGGUGAGCCGCGACUUGUGAGGUGCCUACGCCUCCCACCCCACCUGGCUAACCUACUCCCUCUAUGGGCAGGUGCAGACCCGUAUCCCGGCUCCCCCCCAGUACCUUGCGGCCCGGCUGA